GUAAUGGGUAUCUUCCACAUCUGUGAAGGCUCCAUUAAUGCUGAACAAUAUCUAAAGGUAUAGGAGCAACAUCUGCUGCCAUCCAGACACUAUAUAAUGACAUUUUUCAUAUUAUACUAUGACAUUUUUAUCAUACUAUACUAAGAUAUUAUUAUCAUACUAUACUAUGCCUUUCUUCAUACUAUACUAUGACAUUUUAUCAUACUAUACAAUAAUACUUUUAUCAAACUAAACAAUGGUAUUUUUCUCAUAUAAUAAUAUGAUAUCUUUAUCAUAUUAUUCUACGAUAUUCAUAUCAAACUAUUCUGUUUAUCUUAUUAUAUUAUGAUAUUUUUAUCAUACUAUAUAGCAUUUUUAUCAUAAUAUACUAUUACAUUUUAAUCAAAUUUUAUAUGAAUUUUUAACAUACUAAACAUUGACAUUUUUUAUCAUACAAUAAUAUGAAAUUUUCAUCAUACUGUACUGACAUUUUUAUCAUACUUUACUGACAUUUUUAUCAUACUAUACUAUGAAAUUUUUUAACAUACUAUACUAUGACAUUUUUUCCAUACCAAAACUUGAUUUUUUUUUUUAUCAUACUAUGCUAUGACAUCAUUAAACAUACUUUACUAUGACUUUUUUUUAAAAUAAUAUUCUAUGACAUUUUAUUUUCAUACCAACAUUAUAAUUUUUCAUCUCACAAUACCAUGGAUUUUUUAAGUAAUAUACUUUAUCUUUGUCAUCCUAAACCCGGAGGGGAUUCAAACCCAGCACCUUCUUGCUGUAAAGUGACAGUGGUAACCAUUACACCACAGUGCUACCAUGUCACAGUAGAACCUUUUAUCAAACUAUACUAUGACCUGUUUCUUAUACCAAAAUUUGAAUUUUUUUUCAAACUAUACUAGGUCAUUAUUUAACAUACUACACUACAACAAUUUUUCAUACCAAAAUUGAAUUUUUUAAUUAUACUACACCAUGACAUUUUUUAACAUACUAUACUAUGAUAUUUUUUUCAUACCAAGAUUUAAGUUUUAAUCAUACUAUACUAUGACAUUUUUAAACAUACUAAACUAUGACAUUUUUUUUAAUACCCAAAUCGGAGUUUUUGUUAUCAUACAAUCCAAUGUCAUUUUUUAACAUACUAUACUAUGAUGUUUUUUUAUACCAAAAUUGUUUUUUUUUUCAAACUAAACUAUAACAUUGUUUUAGCAUACUAUACUAUGAUAUAUUUUUCAUACCAAAAUUUGAGUGUUAACUAUACUAUUCUAUGACAUUUUUUGAUAUACUAUACUAUGAGAUUUUUUACACCAGAAUUUGUAUUUUCUUUAACAUACUAUACUAUGACAUUUUUUUUUACCAAAAGUUGAAAUUUCAUCAUACUACACUAUGACAUUUUUUUAACAUACUAUACUAUGACAUUUUUAUACCAAAAUUUGAAUUUUCUUUAUCAUACUAUACUAUGACAUUUUUGAACAUACCAUACAAGUAAUUUUAUUUGUUUCCAUAAUCUGAUUUUUUUUCACAUACUAUCCUAUGACAUUCUUAACAUACUACACUAUGACAUUUUUCUUCAUACCAAAAUGGGAAUUUUUUAAACAUACUAUACUAUGACAUUUUUUAACAUACUAUACUAUGACCUUUUUUUGUCAUACCAAUUUUUUUUUUUAUUAUAUUAUACUAUAACAUUUUUUUACAUACUAUACUAUGCCAUUUUUGACACCAUAAUUUGAAUUUUUUUGACAUACAUAACUGAUAUUUUUUUAUCACCAAAAGUUGAAAUUUCAUCAUACUACACUAUGGCAUUUUUUAAACAUACUAUACUAUGGCAUUUUUUUUUUAAACCCAAUUUUUUUUUAUCAUACUAUACUAUGACAUUUUUAACAUACUAUACAAGGAAAUUGUAUUUGAUACCGUAGUUUGAAUUCUUUUUUAAUACACUAUGCUAAAACAAUUUUUAACAUACUACACUAUGACAUUUUUUAACAUACUAUACUAUGACCUUUUUUUUGUCAUACCAAAUUUUUUUUUUAUUAUAUUAUACUAUAGCAUUUUUUAACAUACUAUACUAUGACAUUUUUGACACCAUAAUUUGAAUUUUUUUGACAUACAUAACUAUGAUAAUUUUUUAUCACCAAAAGUUAAAAUUUCAUCAUACUACACUAUGGCAUUUUUUAAACAUACUAUACUAUGGAUUUUUUUUACAUACUAUACUAUGCCAUUUUUGACACCAUAAUUUGAAAUUUUUUGGCAUACAUAACUAUGAUAUUUUUUUUAUCACCAAAAGUUGAAAUUUCAUCAUACUACACUAUGGCAUUUUUUAAACAAACUAUACUAUGGAAUUUUUUUUUAUACCAUUUUUUUUUUAUCAUACUAUACUAUGACAUUUUUUUAAGAUACAAUGCCAAGGCCUUUUUUUCAUACCAAAAUUGGAAUUUUUUAAUUAUUCUAUACUAUGACAUUUUUAACAUACCAAAAUGUGAAUUUUUUUUCAUACUAUACUAUUACAUAUUUUAACAUUCUAUACCAUGACAUUUUUUUUCAUACCAAAAUUGAAUUUUUGUAUCACACUAUAUACUAUGUCAUUUUUCACAUACUUUGCUAUGAAAUUUUUUAUAUUGAAAUUGGAUUUUUUUUUUAUCAUACUAUACUUUGAAUUUUUUUUCAUACAAAUUUUUUUUUUUAAUCAUACUGCACUAUAUUUUUAUCAUACCAUACUAUGACAUUUUUAUCACAUUUUAAUGAUUUUUUAUCAUACUAUACUAUGAUAUUUUUAUCACUUUUUAGCGAAGACCUUCAUUUUACAGCAAGACAAUGACAAACCACAUUCUUCAGGGAUUCCAACAGCAUGGCUUUGUAGUAGAAGAGUCCACCUCCUGAAUAAAAAAAAAAUCUUUUGUGCGCAUUGAUAGAGUUCUGCAGGAAAAGUAAUAAAACAUAAACAAUGCAGCUUAUUCAUGUCAGACGCAGUAACUGGAGUGUGCAAAAUUGUGCUGUAUAAAAUGUAGCUGCAGAUGAGCAAUGAGCAGAAACAAUAAUCCAGAUGUUCUGUGUUAAUUAACCGAAAGGAGCAGAUGUGGAAACAGUACUGCACUUUAUUUAUGAAACACAUUUCAUAGUUUAAUGCAAAUAAAAGUGACAGAUAAAGAUUAAAUCAGCACAGACAGAUCAGCUGAGACAAAAUAGGUCAAAAUGGUCUGAAAAAGUCAAGAGAGGAAGAGUGUCAGAUCAAAACAGAGGCUGUAGAUCAUCGGGAAGAUCAGAGGUCAUGAGUGAGGUGUGGCAGACAACGAAAAACAAGAAACAGGACUAUUUUGUCUCAUUUUAAUAAACAAAACUACCAACUUAUAACCCUAUAUUAUCCAGAUUCAAACAAAAACGAGUCAGACUGUAUUUACUAUAGUAAAGAGCAAUAAAAUGUUGAAAAUAGUCAACAAAGGUUUCCAGUAAAUGUAUUUCUACAGUCUUGCAGAUCUUCCCCCUACGGUAAAUCAACCACAUCCAGAUAGUUUAUGAUCCUCAUGUGACCAGACAGGAAGUGAUCUCUUUUUUUUAGAAGUUACUCCGGAGCACCUUCAGCUCUAGAUUUUCAUAAAUUAAAGUUUCCUGUGCGUCAGUGCGGGUUUAUUCCAGUUAAAUUCUCUUUCAGGUCAUGAUUCGUCACUUCAUUUUAAGACUCAUCUCUGACUUUCACUUCCCUGUUUCUGUCUUUCUGUCGGUCACAAGUGGCACAUCUGCUUCUCAGGAGGCUGCUGACAUGCAGAUCCGCCGAUGUGUGUGUGUGUGUGUGAGGCUGCCGAGCUUGUUCCUCAAACGUUUGUGUUUUUAUGAGAUCCUCCACAUUCCUCUCCUCUUUGGCUGAAGCGCUCUGAGCAGCCAAUCAGACGCAGUGUUUAAUCUGAGGAGGGCCUCUUUAAUCUGCAAAGGUAAAUAAUCCGGACUCCUCUGACUGAGACACUUUUGUUUCUUUCCCAGGAUUUUGAGCAGACACAAGAGCUGAUCUCACAGAGGCUAAAGGGAAGGGUGAUGUAUAGUGAGUGGGUUGGUGCACAAACAAAUAAAUCAAUAGCAACUAUUGCCGGAGGAUAAAAGGACAAAAUAAAAAGCAACCAUUGUUUUUUUGGUCCCAAGCUGCUGGGAUAAAUUAUAGUCGUUUAUGUUUUACUAAUAACGGAGCAGCUGGUGUUCCUGGCAUCUUGACUCAACAACACCAAACCAAAACCACAAUGUUGUAGAAGGAAGCAGAGAUACCCAAGGAGAGGGAGUGGGAGUGGAUUUGUGUCCAGGCCCAUGCAAAUCACUCCUGUCUUUCCAUAUCUGCAGGAAUAGAUUCAAAUCAGCUUGUAGAUGCUGUUUACUCAGGACCGAGGCUGGACUGGGAGUGUAGGAGUGAUGCCCUUCGCCCUGGUGUAUACAUAUUUUGGGACAACAACAGUGAUAAAUUGUAGCAUCACUGUUUUGUCCCACCCCUAAUAAUUAUAGCCACUCCUUCAGUCUGUGAUUGGAGCUCUACUCCUAGCAACGGUCUGUUCUACAUGGCAACGGUUUACUGUCAAGCAAUAGCAGACCAUUGUUAUGAAAUGUUGACACAUGAUGACCAAUCAGAAUGAAGUGCUGUGUAAUAACUUGAAUUUGGACCAACCCCAGUCUUUUGCUGCUUCCUCCUCAAUUCCUGUGAAGCUAUUUAAGUGCAAAACUUAACAGGAAGCAGCAAAUGACAUACCAGUGAGGGGCUCAACUAUGAUGUAGAAGACCCCCAACACACACAUUCAUUCACACACACACACACACACUCACACACAAUGGACCCUGAGGCAUUUCCUUCCCUUUACAGAGAAGCGAAGUCUUUGUGUAAUCGAAGCACAGCCAGGGAACAGUAACUCUCUCCAUCGGGCAGAGCUUUCCUGUCCUUUCAGCUCCUCGGUUCUCUCAGAGAGGGCCCUGUGUUAAAGUCCAACCACAGCAGAUGGUAGACGGUGAGCGUGGUGUGUUCAGUACCUUCAGAGAGUGUUGGGUUUCUUGAAUUGGUUAUGGAACAGCGGCCUCCUCUGCAAAGAAACGCUAAUGGAGCUGUGUGUAACCUGAGAUUUUAGGAGGUGGUCCCGGUGGACCGACGGCUUGUACAAAGAAACCCCCCUAAUGUUACUCUCACUAAAACCUGUCCCUUAAGUGGUGUCCCUUCCAUUGAGAGGAUAAAUAAUAGAUGUAGCAACCAUGACGCCAUUGACCGGUUUAUUGAAAGCCUUAUGAAGCCUCAACUUUGGCGUUUUAUUCAUGGUUUUCUGGAGAAGACGAGAGAUGGCAGAAAGGUUAGCAAACGCCGAGGUAUCUGAGCUAAAUAGUACAUUAGCUGCUACGCCAGGUGGCGAUAUGUCCUGCCCCCUCUCUGCCAAUUACAUUGGUGCUGUCUCCAAGUUAAAUUCCUACAUCAUGUAUUAAAACAGCGGCUUAAAUGGCUGAGGUCAAAAGAGCUCCAGCGACAGUCAGGAAAACAGCUUUAUUUGACCAACGCGUUUCGGCUUGUGGCCUUCAUCAGGGUCAUAGCUGAGCUUAAAUAGGUUAAACAGUUGAGGUGAAAUUGAGCAGACAGGUAACAGCUCCAACCUGUCACUCAAAGAGGCCACGCCCCUAAUUAUACAUAACUUUAAGGUUGAAUAUAAUUGAAACAGCUAAGUUAUAUCAUAAUUCUUACCUGUAGAGUUGUCACUAAUAUAGAAAUAAUCUGAAGAGACCAAAACUGUUCUUGUACCAGCUGUAAACAUGUUUAUUUCUGCAGUAAAGUUUAACAUGAGGUUGUAUAGGGAUUGAUUCAUUUUGGAGACAGCCUCUAGUGGACGCUGUAGGAACUGCAGUUUUUUCACUCAUGCGCUCAUUUCUCAACCCUGGAGGUUUCCUCUGACCCAGCCCUGCUUUCACGUUUUUUUUUUUGAAUGUUUUUCUUCUUCUGCAGUCACAUGGGAUGGUUAAAGAGUGACAUCAUCGAAGGUCACGGGGUCGGGCAGCGAGCUGUGGUUUCUUUGUAGUGGUCUUGCUUUUUUUUGCGUGCCCUGCAUUCCUGCAUUGACAUACAGACUCUGGAUUUCUUCAGAUGUGCUCGUGUUGUAGAAAAAAAACUUGAUUUAUCAGAUGAUAAAAUUUCUUGUAAUCUAUCAUGAAGUUUUUAUCGAGUUCGGAUGUGUUUGAUUGCUUUCAGUGCAGUUUUGUCAAUAAGCUCCUUUUUAAAAGUGUAACAAAGUGUAACAGGGUUAAACUAUGACAGAUGCAUGAAUGCCCUCCCUGUCUUCAGUACAAAAGUCUGUGUGUUAGUGUGUCUCUGUGUCUGGAGUGAGUGUGUGUGUGUGUGUGUGUGUGUGUGUGGGAAGAGAAAAUUGAGAGCCAGUAGAGAAAAAAGAGCCGUGCAGCUGUACACAAAGAGGCUGUUGAUUCCCAACAUUCAGCCUGUCCGACGCUCUGAAUCCUACACAUUAUAUGUUUCAGUCAUGUGAAGCUGCAGCAGGUGUCAGCUCUGAAAAGACGGAUUUUAUUAUCCUUAUAAACUCUUAGACAACAUUAAGUUUACACUGAUUCUCCGCCACAAUGUCCAUAUAAAUCUGCACUGAUCAACACUGUUUUUAUCCUCCUGGUGCUGAUUCUGAUGCCAAACCUCAUGUUUCAGUCGUUCAUAAACACAUCUAAAUCAAGUCUGUCAAGAAAGAGGAUGAAAGUAUAGAGUUUUAUGAGUUUCAAAAAAGUUGCAGAAUUGUAAAAGAAAAAAAAAGGUUGCAUAUUUAAAAGAAAAAAGUCCCACAUUUGUGCAAAUAAAGUUACAGGUUUGCAGAACGUUUAGAAAAGAAGUUGCACAUUUUUUUUUACAUAAAAAGGCUAAUUAGGGAGAAUGAUGUCUAAAACUGUGCACAAAAAAUAGUGGAAAUAAAGUUGUAAAAUUAAAACAGAAAGUUGCAUUUUCUGUGGAAAAAAAUGCAGAAAAAUUGUGAGAGAAAGGUCAUAAAUUUAUGAGGAAAAAGGCACAAAUUUGAGAAUAAAAGUAGCAAAUUUUAAGAAAUCUAAGUUUAAUUUUUAAAAAAAGAUUAAUUGUAUAAUAUUUAGAGAAAAAUUAGGUAUUGUGAGAGAAUAAAGUCUCAAAUUAGUGAGAAUAAGUUGCUACUUUGUAAAAACUAGCAAAAGAUGCACAUUUGUAAAGAUUAAUCUACAAAUUGGGAUUAUAAAUUUGCUGAAAAAGCACAUUUGUUAGAAAAAUUAGCUCAUUUGUGAAAACGAAGUCUGAAAUCUUGACAAGAAAGCUGCAAAUUUGUAAAAGCAAGAAGCGAAGUUUAAGGACGGCUAUUCUUGCACUAACAUAGAUAAAAUAAAAAAAAUUAUGACAUUAUUUGAUACUUUUGUUUGUUGCCAUAGUAAUGUGAAAAAUCUGACAGUCAGUCAUUUAUUUUGUUGUUUUUCUUGAUUUACAAGUUUGUUGUUUAGAAAUGAAUCAGGUCUAAAAAUGACGCAUGUUGGAGCUGUAAUAGUUUUAUAGGGUGUUAAGAUAAAAUGACAGCUGUAUUCAGAGUUUAUUUAACACCUUUGGUGGCCUGUGCAGGUCAAACUUGCUGACUUAUUAGUGUUUGUUUGAUGCCUUUUUUUUUGGCUUCACACCAGCUGUCUGUAUUAAGUAAUGGCACACAACAAAGAGGUUGUCCUGAGCUAAUUUCUCUCUCUGGGUUAAUCUUUUAGUUUUGCUCUUUCCAUCUUCGCAAGCAUCAAUCUGGUUCAGACUCAUCCAGGUCCUCUCUACAUCAGCAGGAACUCUGGCUCAGAUUUUUUCACGACUUUUUGUGUUUUUUUAAAGAUAAACACGUUUAAAUUUAACUUCAGGAAGUGUAGUUCGUGUUCGCUCCUCCACUGAGAGCUCUGUCUUAACUCAAAGUGACUGUUUGGUUUUGGUAUUUCCCAACAGCUGGAGCAGAUCUGUGGGAAAAGUCAUCCAGCUGCCAGAGCUGUUUCUCAUUGGACGUUAACAGAAAGAGAGAGAGAGAGGGGUGGGUGGGUUCGAGGCCGGAGGGUGUGGCUAAACUCAUGCAGCGUGUUUGCAGCAUUCUUUUAUAAUUGGCUCAUUUAGCGUCACAUUUUCCUCCUCCGUGGUUUACAACGUUAAUCCUCCUGUUUGUAUGAGCUCACUGCUUAUCUCCUUCAUGAGCCUGUUGUCCAGCUUAAUGGUUAAUCUCUGCAUCGACAGGUGGCCGACCGUCGGGGACAGCUGGCAGCUCCGGCCGUAAGAGGUUCCACCGACGACCGGGGUACAUGAGAGGAGAGCCGUCCAGGCUGCAGAGCUCGUCUCAUGGGCAGGAGGAGGAGGAGGAGGAGGAAGAGGAAGAGGAGGGAGGGAACACCUCUUGCAUCAGAAAUGGACGUCACACUGAUGAAGCACCAGCUGUCAGAGAGACUCUGAAGAGUCAGGAAAAGCCUGAUAAACUCUCAUGUAGCACCCGGAGGAGUAAGAGUGGAACCUGUCCUCUUUCCCCUGAAGCAUGCUGGGAAUUAAUUCAUUCGUCCACCAAGAAUAAACUCAGGUCAAACCCGAGUCCGGCAGCUCCAGAGUCCUCCACCCAGGACUCCUUUAACUCCAGUUUUAGCUUCAUCCAGCAGUCUCUAAACUCCUCAUCCACACCCUCCAGGGAUCCAGAACCACUAAACCAUUCCACUAAAGCGCUUCAGACCACACCAGCACCCUUACCCAUCGAUCCCAGUACCUCAAAGAGGUCCAGCUCCGUCCAAUCAGACCCGCCCUCAGACAGAGAUGAGCUGUCAGGUGGUAGAUCAUGGCGGGUUUGUCUGUGGGGUGACACUGAGGUGACAUCUGACCUACCUGACGGAGAUGAUCAGUCUGUGGACAUAGAGAUCAUCUCCUCGCUGUCUGUGGACUCAGACACUGCCUCCGCUUCCUCCGUCACAUCCGGGUAUGAGAGCGCCACACCUGCCAGCGACCACGGCGUGGACAACCUAGUGAAGAAGUACGAGGUCGUGCUGCAGGACUGCCUCCAGAACAAUCGUACACAUACCAAGGUGAGAGACAGACCUUUUCCUGCGUGUUUAAUGACAGUGUGGCGCUGAAGUAGAAGAGUCCUGCUGCUAAACUGGCUUUUAUUACUUUUGUUACGAGGUUUUAACCAAUCAGAGUCAAGUAUUUAACACAGCUGAGUAAUUAUAAUGAAACAAAGGGUCAUUUGAUAAUAAAGGCAUCAGUCUUCAGUGCCUGAGAACACUCACACGUACUACCGAUGAGCUCUCAAACUUCCUACUCAGAGCUGAACUCGCUGACUCAGUCUCACUCUGAACUUGCGGGCGUUGCUCCCUCACAGUGAUGUUUGUUUAAAGACCGUCGCCUUUCAGACUGUUUGAUAAUCUGCUCUGACUUGUUCUUUGCGUUUGCCUCUCAGAUCGAGUCCAUGAUGUUGAAGCUGCAGAGACUCCAGCAGAAAGCCAUUUUGGAUGACGACUAUGACGCAGGUAAACAGUUCAGCCGCUGCUGCGAGGAGUUUGUUUUAGAUGUUAUUGCAGAGAUACUGCGCCGGUAGAGAGAUGUGCUUGAACUAACCUGAAUAUAUGAGAUUAUUUGCUCUUUCACAGGAACAGAAUUAUCCAAUCAGAGAUAAGAGAAAAGGGUCAGCUGACUGUGAAACUGCAUGUUGUAGAAGCUAAACAAACAGAAUUUUAAGGGGCUUUAAUCUGUCUGUCACUGUCUUCAACAAAGUUAGCAAUGUGCAGUUUUUGUGCAGCUGUGAAGCUCUUGGUUUUACUGUCUGUCUUCACUGUCAUGUUAACAACUGGUGCAGCAAAAACUCAGCAGAGUCAGCAUUUGUAGUAGUGAGGUAUAGAUGGAUCAUGUGAGUGUAUCUUUAGUUCAUGCUAACAUAUGUCAGGAUUAGGGUUAUCAGCUGACUUUUCACAAGUGACCCAAGUCUUGUUUUUUGCUUUCAUGAUUGAAAUAAGACAUUUAUCUGGACAUAUCAGGAGAUUUUUUUCAUAAAUUGAGUCCAAAAAUAUGUUUGAACAUUUUAACAUGAGGCUCUAUGGGGAGUGUCUCACUUUUGGAAACAGCCUCGAGUGGACGAUGUAGGAACUGCAGCUUUCUUUUAGCCUCAUUUUUCAGCACUGGUUUCUGUUUGGUUUGAAAUGUAUAUCAGAGUCCAUCAGUGACUUUAAUUGGAUUUUAUACAAACUGAAUUAGUUGCUGAUCUGCUGAUAUGAUGGAAGCAGCACGUGAGCGCAGAUGGACACACUUUAAUGAGAGCUGAAGGACUGGUUUGUUGUUUAUAGACUCAGACAUGCGUUGAGCAUUCAGAGGUUUCAGAGAGCUAUAAUAAAAUUUCUCAGUAAUUUACUGAAAACCUCAAAGAUUAAACCAAACCCCUUAUUUAUUUGCAUUAAAAUCUGGUGAUCCCAGUCCAUUUAUACUUCGUCAUCCAGCUUUUGAUCUUUAAACCUCGAAGACUACACGAGAACGAACCAACCAGCUGUCUCAGCAGCCUAAUUUAAUCUGGACUUUAUUUGAUUUCCAGAAGAGAGCGAAUUCAUCUCAGUCCCUGUUUGACCUCAGCAUGUUUCUGCUGCCUGAGGAGAGUUUGUUGUCCAAAGAGGACUCCUCUCUGACCCAUUUCUAAGACCUUGUGACAGAAAUAAAUUCCAACAUCUGCUGCUGGACUCCUGUAAGCUUUGGUGGAUAUCUGGGUCAGUAGGUCCUCAGCCUUGUCAGGUUUUCUGUUUGACUUUGAUAAUGAAUCUCACACCCCAGUGACUUUUUAAAACUCUCUCUCUCUACCUAGCAGCAUUCACUUGAAUGGGGAUGUUUUAAUUUGCACAAAACUUUUGAAUGCAACAUCAUAGAGACUUCAUUCUGGUGAAAUCGGGGUAGUUGAAAUAGGAUGGUUUGGUCUUGGUUCCAGAUUUCUAUCUUGUUCCCUUGAGGAAUGGUUGUGGUUAAAAUCCCUAUACCUUAAUGUAACCUUCACACUUAGGAAAAAAUUGACAUUUUUCCUAAUCUUUUUUUUGUACCUAUCAACUCCAAAUGGUCUGAAACGUGCUCCUGAAUAGGUCAUGGACAGAUAUUUUAACCCUAACCCCUAACCCUGACCCUAAACACUUAGAAAAACUGUGUCCGAUCUUGCUAAAGAGCUCCUGAAUGGGUCCUGGACCGUGAUUUUAAGGCACAUGAUUCAGCAGGUUGUUUAUUGUGUGUGUGUUUGAUCAGCUGAGCGUUUCGGGAAGAAGCUGGAGGAGCUGUGCAGAGAGAGAGGAGCUCUGAAGCUGGGAUUACCCUCCACUCAGCCCAGCGUGGCUCUGUUCCUGCAGCGGCUCACACAGGUGGUGUACAGCGCCCUCCAGAGGACAGACUGCAGCCAGUGCAGGUCAGACGCACAACCAUGCAACAUUUACUCAGAAUAUGAUAUUUACACGAGCAGCUGACAAUCUGCAGAAAUGAACAUCCGGCCAAAGUCAAAAUCAGCUGUUUGAUAUUAAAUGAUGGUCCUUUUACACAUUUUUGUGCAGUUUCUUUUUUGUCUUGUUUCUCUUUUACUCUGUCUUCCAUUAUAAUGUGUCAGAAUGGGGCAGCGGGGAGUUGAGUUAAAAAUAGUUUCCUAGUUUCCUGGACAAUCGUGACCCACGGCUCACACUGGGAUUUGUUAACAUUGAGUGUUAUUGUGCAGCUCAGAGUCUUUUUUCUGACUCUUAAAAUCAGGAAAUAACACGCUGUUGUUGGUGGUUCUUUCACUCCUCAAUAAAAGAAAACUGUUUUUACCUGGUUUUGUUGUUUCUGGUUGCAGGGAUGGUGUAGAUCCUGAUGCUGGGGAACUUUGUGAGUCACUGCAGGGUCCGCUUUAUCGAAGAGACCGUCUGAUCCAAGAGAAACGUCUAGUGGAGGUAAAAUCAGCCAAGAUGUCAUCAUAAAAAUCUUGAAAGAGUAGAAACUUUAGUCUGUAUGAACCUGGGAUAUCUCUGGACAGAUUAUUUAAACUCUUGAAUCCCGUCCAGGAGGAGAUGUUGGAGCUGCAGCGGCGGCUGGCAGAGCUGAAGGACCGCAGCCUGAAGCUGGAUCAGCAGAUCCAGCAGGAGGAGCAGCGGGCGGAGGCCGAGGAGCUCGAGGGCUCGGUUCUGAGGAGCUACAGCGUGAACCAGCUUAGAGAAAUGAGCCGGACUCUGCAGGACCUCGUCUCCUCAGAAAACCGAACGCAGAUCUCCGUCUCUCCUCCGCCCUCCAUGAUCAGGUCAGAGUCCUGCUUCAAAACCUGAAUAAUUAAAAUAAUAAUAAUAAAUUUAGAAAAAUAAAAUAAAAUUGAACUUUUAAUUUCUACUCGCAUGUUUGGAAAGGGGAUCACAGAUUUGCACGUGCAUGUUACAAAGUCAGAGUCAAGAAAAACUCGGAAUGAAAACUCAAACUACAAAACAAGAUACUUCUCGAUAAAUACAACAGAGUUUUUACUACAAAUAACCAACAAAACUCUAUAAAAAAUGCACCUUUUGGUCUUUGAUUGAUUUAUAAACACUCUUUUGUGACUCUUUUUAGAUAAAUGUGCUUAUGCAGUUUUAACACCUCCUUGUGUGAGAAAAAAUUAAAAACGUUCUUUGGACACGUCGGUAACUUUGUCUGCACAGAAGGUGUUUAUACUUCUGCUCCUCAUGGUCAGAUACUGUGAGGGAAAUGUGUAAAUGUAUGCAGAAAAUGUAAAUGUCAAAUUGCACCUUCAGUGUUUUGAAGAAAAAUUAUCACACCUUAAAUAUUUGGAUUAGAAACUUUCACGCUGUUUUUCUCUUUUUUUAACCUCUUGGCAGAAACAAUCAUAAGAAGGCUUCAGAUUUACAGAUACUGUUAUCCUUAAAGUAAGGUACGACUCUUAGUGUUGAUGAGUUAAUCUGGAUUUGUUUAUUACUUUUUGAUUGUUUGGUAUUUGCACAUUGGAGACAGUUUAAGCUCCAUCCUGCUUCCUGCUGCUGCCAUGAUGAAAGUGAUUACACCGGUCACAAAAUCCAGUUCUGUCAUCAUCUCAGAGCUGCAGUACCCUCAGUGACCAGGUGGGGCUGCUAAAGAGCUGUGAGCAGCUCAUCUGUCCCUGAAUGAUUCCUUUGUGUCAUUUCUGGUAUUUCUUAGUUCUAGAUGAGCUCAUUUUGAGGAAGAUGUUGCACUGAAGUCUUAUUUUUUUUCUACUCCCAGCUUCAUUCAGCCCCCUGAUAAAAAAAAAAUCUGCGUCUUUAUUCUCACAGCAGCCUCAUCUGAAGCCAGAAAGUUACAGAUUUUCUCCGACAGUCAAACUGACAUCUCUAUUGACGGCUCAGAAAUGCUUGACAGCUGACGGAGGAAAUUCAAUUUUGGUUUUUACACCCAAAAGCGACAAAAUUUCACAUGAUUUCUGGUGUUUUUGAAGACUUUUGACUCGUGUUUAUGAAAUUUGAAAGCUCUUAUUGUCAGUCGUGGCAGACAUGAGCGCCUCUACAAAGAGAGUGUAAUACAAUGCAACAAUUUGUAAGACUUUCUGAUGUUUAUUUUCCGUCUCAAGCAGUCAUGAUAAUCCUUUUUUGCCCUCAUCCUCUCGUCUCCCACACCUGCUUGAACCUACUUUGAAUUUUAAUGCUUUUCCUCAGAUGUAAAUGAUCACUUUGCAUCAUAUCCUCUGAAGUUAAUGGCGUGCAGGAGAGCUCUGUGGAAAGCCUCUCCGUCUCACCGCUCGUUAGAGAAACAUGUAAAUUGUACUUAUCGUCUUCUCGGUGGUGUGACCCGCCAUCAGGGGGAUAAUUUGAUAUCUGACGUGUUCUCACCCCGACUGGAACGCAUUUAUUCUCGCCGCUGAUUGAAAGUGUGACCUCAGAUUGGGUAUUCAGCCGCUCAUCUCCAGGUGCCAUGUUGUGGGUCACUGCGGUGAUUGUGCUGCAGCUCUUUUUACAAAUAACAGGAAAUUUAUCCCUCAUAGGUUGAUUUUUCCCUUUUGGAUAGAGGACUAAAGAGGUCUACACUUUCUGAAACAAUGUCUCUGCAGUAAAUACUCAGUAUUUCACUCAGAUCUGCUCUAAUAUCAUAAAAUAUGAGCCGUAUUUUCAUGAUAUUAGACUGUUUGGACAAUCUCAAGGUGACUGUUUCACACAUAAUGGAUUUUACGCUCAUUUUCACAAUCUGCUAAUCAGAUAAAGUGACCGUUACGGUUCGUCCUGAUCACAUAUGAUAUAAUUUAUUCAGACAUUUUGACCAAAUAGGCCGAUAGUUUUAUAAUUACAGCUUUUGUGAGCCCUGAUAUUUUGCUAGAAUUACAAUCUGAGAAGAUCGAUGUUCUUUUUCACAUUAAAUAUUCAUGAUAAAUGAUAGUUUGGCUGUCAAAAGUCAGAAUUAGGAGUUGUUGUUUUUUUGCUUAGGCAUUUAAAGGAGAGUAAAGGCUAUUUUGUCCACAGAGGGCGCCAAAAUUGACACAAACUGACAGUUUCUCGCAGGAGCUUUAACAACAAAUAGAGCAACACAACAAGAGUGAGGAGUAAAUUUUCACAUAUGUGUGAAUGAAACAAGGAAGUGCAUGUAUUAGGGCUGGGCGAUAAACCGAAAAUUUAUCGAUACCGAAAUUUACGACAAUAACAGACGUCAUUUUGCCCAUUUCGUAUAAUCGGUGUAAAAUAAAUAGAUAAAUAAAUGUUGGUUUUGGAUGUGUGUAGGUAGGCUAUGGUCUCAUGUCCUUUUAAGACGCUGUCCUACAUCAGAGACGUGACUCCACCCCAUCCAGUCCGGAGUAGUUAUCGUCCAUUUAUUGUUAUCGAGGUGAACUGCCCAAUAUAUCAUGGUAUUGAUUUGAGGCCAUAUCGCCCAGCCCUAGAAUAUAUCAUCUUCAAUAUCAGUAAAAUGAGUUUAAAAAUAUCGGCAUAUUUAAUCCCAAUAAAUUCAUGUUUCUGUUAGGAACCGAAAUCUCAGCCUUUAAUGAAUCUAGGAAUCCCAGAAGUUUGGAUUGUCUUAAAAAAGUUUAGUGAAAGUAAAGUAACAACUUGAGAAACUCUCACAGAUUUAUACACAUAUAUACUGUAUAUCAUACUUUUAUCCCUCCUACUUCCUGUCAGUUAAAUAACGUCGAUCUUGUUUCCCUUCCACAGACUUCAGGAGCAGGAGCAGGCGCUGAAUCUGUCCAUCAAAGAAGCCACAGCUAAAGUAAGCUGCUGUUUUAAUUUUGCUCCAUGACUCAGAGCGAUGACUGGGUGUUUAAAUACCGUGUACCUGUGAUGUUUCUGUGUCUAUGUGCUUAUUUCUGCUCCAUAAAGUCAUAAACUGUUGAGAUAGAUUUUAUUUCAAAGAUUAGUCUCUGGAAAUCGUCUCUUUUAGAAAUUUUUAAACUUUUCACCUCAUGGUUUGAAGUUUUGGUCCUUGUCCUGGAGCAUUUCCACCUCCACUACAGUAGGUGGUGAUAAGCCCCCUUUCAGCUCUAUACUGUCACAUACCAAAACAGUCGACAAACACGGUAGCAAAAGGCGAACUGAUUCUUCAAAAGUUCGUCUUCACCUUCGUCUGUAUUUUUCAUCUUUACUUCCUGAACCGUCUUUCUUCUUUGGUGGAUUUUCUGCGUCACUGCAGUACUCCUGUGAGUUUACGACUUCUGAGGCGCCUCUUACCUCUCAUGGGUUUUCUUUUCCCUCGCUCUGAUCUGAUGCAGCAUCUCUGCAGCUGGAAUAUGCAGGUAUCCGCAGAAACCUGUAUGAAAGAGAGGGAGAGAGGCUCAACAGGGGGGCAGAGAGAGACCUCUUCACUGUUAGCGUGUCCUUUUGAAACCCAUUACCAAACGGUUGCUGCAACUACACCUCAAAGGAAAGUAUGUAUGCACAGGGCUCUCCACUUCACCAGAAUAACAAGACUGACUAUUGUUAGGUUGAAAUAAAAGUUUUGCUCCUGAGUGAGAUAUCCAGCAGCUGGAAAAUGGCCCACCCGCUGUGACUAAAUGGUUGCAGGCAUGAAGGUAACUCCCACUUUCUCUAUUGACUUUUUAAAACGGACAAAUAGCCUGAUGUUUGGAGAUUAAACCACCGAUGGGAGCUUAAAAAGCACUUCACAGUGGUUUCCAGUUGACGUAACGCGUGAAAUCAAAUUAUGCAAGCCUGUUUGAAAAAAUAUUUUUAUAUUUCCUGCGAUAGAAAACUCCCCGGAGACGUUCCGCCUCAGAAAUACCGACGCACUCGACAGCCUUUUUCAAAACUGUGUCAGAUCCAAGAGGAAGAUGCGUCAGAAAAUCCGUCUCUGCAUCCCUUUGAGCGAUGAAAAUAGUUCCUCAAAAGAAGGAAGUGCUUCACAGGGAUUGUGCGCGUCUGUAACUCAAAGGGAAUUCAUUGAAAAAACAGCGGAUUAAAGGGCGGAGAGGGGACAGGCGGCUGUAUCUAAAGCCGGCUCCUCUGUGAACACUGCAGAGCUGAGGUGCCGCAACCCCGUCAGGCCGUGACAUUCAGACCCCUUUUCCCUCUCUGACAUUAUAAUGGCACCUUUUAUGGAGAUUUCACAUUUCCCUGUCCGUCUGCAGGAAAGACGGCGCCCUCUCUGUCUCUCUAAAGGUUACAGACGAGGUAACGAACGCUCUGCUGUGUAUUCGAAGCAGGGCGGGCGCAGAAGGACGGAAAUGAAUCUGUAAGGUCUUGUAAGAAUGAGUGUCAAAAAGAAAAUGAAAGUGGAAUUGGAAAUGAGCCGUGCAUCCUGUGGGAUUCAUGUGUCUGCAAAGGUUUUGUUAGUUACCACCCUCCCCCCUCUCUCAUCCAUCUUUUUCUCUGCCUCGUUUCCCCAGGUGGUCAUGAGUCAGAGGCUGGGCAGCAGCCUGAGGAGGAAAGUCAGCGAGACUGAAACUCAGCUUUUAACGCUGCAUGAAGCAAAGCUGGCAGCCAUCUCAGGUAAAACUCCAACUCCACCACACCCUGAACAAAUCCUUUAUUUACCUCAUUUACUUAAAUCCCUCACUGUGAACCAUAUUCAUACUGCGCCCAUUUUCCUCUGAUCUCAUGCUCGGGGUGAGAAUUACAAAUGCUGUUCUAAAGUCACGCUGCUGGAUUUCAGGUUUCCAGCUGUUUAAAUGAAGAUAAUCUGACCAGCCUUUAAAUUUACUGCUUUAGAUUCUUCGAACAUAAAAAAGAAAAUCUAGAGAGACAAUAGAGUUUACAAGACAAGGAUAUACGUAAAUCCCUGAGAACGAUGGCCAACAUUUCAGGUGUUCAGGUGUGACAGUUUGUGAAAAACAACUUUCGGCCAUUUCUGUGUUUUCAGUCCAAUCAGCAGAUUAAAGAUCAGGAGUGUUUUCAGAAUAAAUAACAGAGAGGCUUCAUUCAGAUCCACUUCAGCUAAUUAAAAAGAUCCUUGUGUGAUAAACAGUUCUUUUUAAGCACUUCUAAAACUAUAUAAGGGUUAAAUAAAUAAAAUCUUUGUUUAACAACUGAGUUACUAAAGUUUGCUAAAAGAAAGUCAUCAAGACGUUAAUCUAGGAAAAAUUAUAUUCAUCAAUGCUGGAAAAUUCUUAAAGGUCUUAAACAAAAAACAGAAUUUUGUUGUUUUAGAAAUAAUUGAUACAAAAAUCAGAAAAUUAACCAACAAAACCACCAACUGACCAUAAAACAACUAGCCAAAUAAUAAACAAACAAACAAACCCAUAAAUAAACCAACCAAAUACCCAACAAACAAGCUAACUAACGAACCAUUAGAAGAAACAACCAACCAAAUUACUGAUAGACAAACUAAUUAACAUAUGAAAGAAACAACCAAACCAACAGAAUAACCAACUGACCAAACAACAACUACCCAAAUAAUAAACAAACAAACAACAACAAAAAACAAAUAAAUAAACCAACCAACCAAACAACCAACAGAGAAACAAAAUAACUAACCAGCCAACCAACAAACAGACGGACUAAUUAACCUGUCAACUAACUAACCAGCCAUUGAAAGAAACAACCAACCAAAUAACUUAAAAACAAACCAACCAAAAAAACUAAAAAGGCUAAUGACAAACCAACUAAAUAAUAACCAACCAACAUACAACCAAAUUAUCAAAAAACCCAACCAACUAAAAAAACAAAUGACUAACAAACCAAAUUACCAACUAACCAACUGACCGCCCAUACAACCAACCGCCCAUUCACUUCUCAAACAACUACUCAAACAACUAAGUAACCUACCGAACUACCGGUCAACCAAACUACUAAUCAACCAGAACAAUAACCACCCAACCAUACAACAGACCAACUAUUCAGCCAACCAACUAAAUGAUUAACUAACCAACAUGGUGACCGGCCAAUAAAGAUUUACAAAAACAGGAUAAUUACUGAACAACUCACUGACUAACCAGGUAACCAUCCAACUAACCAGCCAAACAAACAAACAAACAAACAAACAGAUCUUUAUACUUUAGUCUUGAAUUUCUCGUCUUAUUUCCUGAGUAAUUAGUGAAAUCAGAAGUCACUGUCAUAAACACUGCUGGUUUAAAUAACCCGUUAAACAGACACUGUAACCGUUCUGAGCUUUCCACCUUGAACAUGAUGUCAGAGGCAAACGGCCACCUCAUGAAAAUGUUGAAUUAGCCCGACUUAAUGAUGCUAUUAACGACUCAGACGCUCGUUAAUGGCCGGCGUUAGCUUAAUGUGCCUCUGUGUGUCUCUGCAGGUAAUGACUUCAGCAGCGCCAAGGAGCUGAAAGCGGAGAUGAAGGCGGUGUACCUGGAGCGGGACCGUUUGGAGGCGCUGGCCAAGCGUCUGCACAGCCUCAGCGCCGGGAGCAGCCAGGAGCUGAGCAGGAUGAAGGAGCAGAGACAGCAGCUGAGGCAGGAGCUGGAGCAGAGGGAGGCGCAGCACGGUGAGUCCCUGAGGCCGCUCUGCAGUGACAUAACAAGAACCUGUAACUCCUGGGCUGUGUCCGAAAUGGAUCCUUAACCCCUAUAUAGGCGCCAUUUUGACGGGUGUCUGAAAACUGAGUGAUCAAUUACAAUGCCCCAUAUAGGUGACUCAAAAUUUCCCAUAGUGCAUUGCAAAAUGAAGUGACCAUCCGAUGAUUCCAAAAUUUUGGAAUAAUAGCCUUAUAUUGCUAAAAGAGAUCCAAACAAACAAUUAAACAUACCGUGCUGUUGUUUUAUCAGGUUGUGCCUGGCAAUGGGUCCGUCUGUCGAACUCCGACCUCUGCUGCUUGGGUGGAGUGGGUGCGUGCUCGCUGCUGUGACUCUCGGUCUCAGAUGCUGCGUUACCAUUAGCUACCUUUGCUGAUAACUUUGUCGAAGCAUGCCAUAGAUUGCUGUUUCUGUUGUUAGCCGUAGGAAGGAUUUCUGACUCAGGACAAAAGUUGUUUUUCCAUUUGCUCUUAAGUUGAAGACAUUGUGAGUAUCUCCAUGAGGAGAAACUUAUCUUCCCCUUCUCGCCGGGCCCUGACCUGUCCAGUCCUCUUCAUGGCAUGUGUUUGUUUACAUGUGAUGCUGGAGUAACGCACCUUUUGGUAACGGUAACAGCAUUAAUGAAUAAAAAAACAACGUGUUACAUUAUUAGUUACUCAAUCAGGUAACAGCGUUAUGCUAUGGCGUCACGAAUACCGCGUUACUACCCAACACUGCACCUGAACUACCCAAAUUCUACCACUAGGGGGCCAUGGGGUCAUUGAGACCUCCAGAGGUUGUUCCAGUACUAUGAAUAUUUUCUUGUAACUUUUAAACUUCCACCGUUUUGCCGUCAUCGGUACCCUGAUGGAUGUAAACACUGUAACUCUGAUGGAUGUAGCCGGAUUGAUUGGCAGUCGACACACAGCCCCGAGGGGGUAAUUUUAGUUGAAAGGUUCGUCUCUCUUUCUCUUUGAAAACACCUUUUAAAUAUCAAUCUGAAUGUGAGCGAUGAGCGCUCUUUGAAAGAAGAGUCCUCUCUUGAUGUGGUUCCACGCUGCGAGGCCAUCAAUGGACGACGACUUUUCUCCCAAAUGAAGGAGAAGUGAUCUGCUGUCGACAAGCAUCAAAUGAGAUACCAGCAGGAGCGGCGGCGGCUGUUAAGAGGAAGGGGGAGAGGAGGAGGGGAAAUAAGCUUUAGAUUGUGUGAAGUAGCCAAUUACCUCAGAGCCACUCGGUGCGGGCGCGAUGUAUCAGCGCUCAGACACUCAAAUCAGAGCAGAUCUGGAUUCUGCUUCAGGAGGAGAGUCGCUUUCUAAAGAGGAGGAUGGAUGGAAAAGUUGGGACGUCGAGCUCUGGCAGAGAUGGAUGGUUUUUGACGGGACCACCUGCAGAGCUCUCCCUCUCGUCCAUCACUAAAAUAGGUUUUUAAAAUAGGUCACCCCCCUCUUAGAGGAGGACAGAGAGGUGGAGGGGGGUUGGGGUAAAAGGGACAAAGGACCGGAGACGGGGUCCUGCUGCAACCUGGAGGCCUGCAGUCCAGUAAACAGUGUUAACUACAUCAUGAAAGCCUGUGGAGUGUGGGCCUAUUGUCUUCUCCUGACCUGAAUGCACCUCCUGCUCCCACUAGGGGGCACCCUUUUAUUGUUGCAGCGAGAUCUCAUGGUGCUCUGGGGGUUCUGUUCAUGCAGGUCCAUUUUUAGUAAAAAUCAGUCAAUCCUGCUGACAAAUAAGAUCGAGAUCCAUUUUUUUUCACCUGUGAGAGUUAAAAAUAAGUCACCUGCUUGGUUUUAGUUGCAUAAAUCUUUAACAGCUCAUCAGCCUUUUUGACAAACCUAAUAUCUCUGCGAUGGAAAACCCUUUGAGCAUUUAUUUGAUAUCCUUGACAUUAGGCAACAGUUUGUUUUUACUUUUCCUGUCUUUGACAUCUCUAGUUUAUGAGUUACACCCUUAAACCAUCACUAGUUAAUGUGAGGACAGCAAGAAAGUAGACACAGGUGUUUGACUUUACCAUUUAGGUCCAAGUACCCCCUAGUUUUAAAAGUGAGAUCCAUUUUGACGCCAUACAAAAGCUUACAAGGUCCUAAAAGUUCAAUAGUUAACUAGUUAGAGAGAAAAAAACACUCGUUACAUAAAUGAGACUAAUUAGACCCUAAAAACUUUACUUUUUAAGUAGCAUAGGCCAAAAUAUCCAAGAGUCAUACUGGUGAUGGGUAUACUGACCCAACUAGUUGUUAAGUUAAUGAGUUAGGGUGAAAUUAUCAGCAGGUUGUACCAGAGAUGGGUUAUUAACAGUUUAUUAGUUAACUAGUAAUGACAAAAAAUCCACUAGCUAUACCAGUUAGGGAAGCACCAAUCCGUUUUUUUCACCUCCGAUACGAUACAGAUCUCUUCAGUUUAGUAUCAGCCGAUAUCGAUCCAAUUGCGAUACAGAAAAGCCGCGCUGAAUUACGUUUUGUUGUAACCUGAAGUUUUACAACCGCCCUUCAGAAAUUUACUGCGCAGGUGUUGCAAGUGGCCGUCGAACUUGUAGGCUGAAGUAUGAUGUGAUAAAGUUCAAGAUAGCAGACCCUUUUGCUCACUCCAUUUUGAAAACAAUGUGGGCAUCCGCUCAGUGUGUUUACUUGUAGAUGCCACGAGUAUGGAUCAUUCUGACCCUGCCAUAUUUAGGGUUUUUCUAGACUCUCCUGACCCGCUCAAGUCCACCUCCGACAGCAUGAAGCAGCUCUGGAUGAAACAAAGGAAGUGUAAUCAGGUGAGGAAGACGUCACUAAUGCGAGUUAAUGAUCGGUUCUGAGGCUCAAAUGCUCAAGUGGGCGCACACACGAUAUGGCAGAAGGUGCAAUUCCACAAUAUGUUUCUGACACCGAGCGAGGGGGGCUCAUUAAACUGUCAUCCUAUUUGGUAAUAAGGGGCUGGCACAGGCGAGCUGUGAAAGUGAUAGCUCACAAACAGCACAUUAGCAUUUCUUUAGCUGGAGGGGAUUAGAAAUUAUAGUCUACUUCAAAGUCAAGAUGGCCACCCUUUUGGUUUCUGAGGCAUUUCCAGCACAUGCUAAUGAAGCCGGUGUCAUCUUCGGAGCAGGAAAACAUGCAGCUGCUCGUGAAAAGGACUAUUGUUGUGGUGGGAAGCCCCGGAAAAAUAGGUUUGAAAUAAAAGACGCACAGACGUGAGCUUUCUUUAGGCCCUGUGAGCGACGACUGUAUUAGUAAGAUUAACACAGACUGUAAAAACGUGUUUUUUUUGAGUAUAUAGACAGAAUAGAAUAGAAAAGUGAGGACUGUUAUCGAUUUAUAACACACUACACAUUCAGUAUUACAAAAAUAAAUAAGUAUAACACAGCUCUGCGUAUAACUGAUGAUCCUAGAUUAUUUCACGGGAAUAAAAACGUCACACACGCAAUAAUCUAUGCCUGUGAUUAUCAAAGUGUGAGCUGUGGCCCCCUGGUGGGAUGUGAAGGUACUGAACUUUAAGGUCUUUUACAGGACUGAGAUUAAAAUAAUAUCUUUGUAGUUUUUUGCAGUUUUUCUUUUCUGAAAGGUUUCCUUAAAAGCUUUUAAAUAAAGAUAUCAUAAAGGAGGAACUCUAAACAUCCCAGCAUUUAAAAAAUAUAGAUUAACGAGCCACACAGUGAAGGUUUUACAACAUAAAUGCAAGAAUAAACACUAUAUAUGAAUGUUUAGACUCUGUGAAAGUUACCUACUGUGUCAGAAUAUUAAGACUAAAUAAAUAAAUGAGCAAAUACAACUUUUCUCAUCUAUAUUGAUCAGAUAAAAUUGCAUUAUUGGGGUAAGAAAUCGCUGGAAUAUUACCACUAAUGGCCGAUAACCCAUCAGACUGAAACACUGAGUGUCUCUACUUGUUAAUAUUUAUGCAUUUUGUAUUAUUUAGACUACCUUUGCGUGUUAUUUGUAAUAAAAUACUGUCUUUAUGUUCAGUUUGACUGUAUUUUUCAGCACAAUAAGCUCUACAUCAGCAUCUUUCUAUAUGCACAGAUUUACUUAAAGGACGUAUCCGCAGCUUGUUGAGUUUCUCCGCUCGGGGUCGUUUGUGGUGUGGAGGUUUUUGGCCUGGGAGCUCUCACAUCCCUAAUUGCCAUUGGCACGUGCUGGGAUGGAAACCAAAGCCAUUUUAGCAGGAGGUUCGAUUCCCCGCUGAGAGUUUAAUUUUGCCCCUGAGAGACGUGGAGUGAUGCUAAAUUUACAAAUAAAUAAUUGAGGAGAUGAAGAACGUGAGUAAAUGGCCCCCCGGAGUGAGGACAUCCAAACCUAAUGUGGAGGCAGCGUCGGCGCGUCUCCUCUUCAUUUAGACGAGUAAUGCUUGUUUAAUGUUUGCUGUUAGCAUGCAGCCGCUACACGCUGCAGAAGGUGAUCAGACUUUCUGUGAUCAAGUCUGCAGGUUAACAUCCACACACAGCUUCACUGGAAGGUGUUUGUUAUGUAGCUGAAUAUUCAUCAAAAUAUGUCACUCUGUGUUUAAUACACUAAUGCAAUCUCCUCCUAAUGAAGUGUCAAUAGUUAAGGCCGGGGACAUAUAUGAUUUAUUCAUGACGGCGCCUCUUUUAGGGCUCUUCAGUGGAGGACAUGAUGGAGCGAGUGACGGCUCUUCUCCUACAGAGUGUCUGAGUGAUUGAGAGCAGGAGGUGCUGAAGUGGACCCUGGAGACUGUUCCAGGUCUUUGUCUCUCAAGUUCUGGCAGGAUUCAUUUUUUCCUGUGUUUCUGCAGAGGAUGUGUUUCCAUUGUGGAUUUGUCAGGAGUGUUAGAGCGACUGCAUGUUAAGGAUUACAGGAAAAAGGAAACAGCAGGACGAGAGGUCUUACCGCUGCAUCUGUCACUUUUACUUCUUAAAGACGGAGGAUUAAGAUCAUGCAAACCAAGAAACGGUCAAACGCGACUCAAGAGCAAAAAUCAUGGAUGACAAUUGGAGCUAAUUGAUGCUAGCAUUUUAGCUUCCUGGUUUGGUUGUUGAACGUUUCAUCAAAAUGUGUGUAAGCUCUCGUGUUGUCGCCGGAUAUCAAUAAGUGGGUUCCAUAUUUCUUCAUGUUUACUGUUGUUGCCAUGGCUACAUUUGUUGCUGAUUGGCUCUCAUUUUGAUCGACUUGACGACAAAUAUCAUGUAUGAUCAGCCAUCCUCAGGGUUCACUCCACACUUCAGGAUUUCUGAUUGUAAAUAUUGGAUAACUUUAAUAUUCAUCUCAUCAAAUUAAGGUGGCUUCGAUCAUCUUCUACACAGACCUUAGAUAGGAAAAGUCACUUUUUUAUGCCUCUUAACUUAUAAUUUAAUUUAGGAUAAUCGAGGUAGAUUAUCUUUUGAGCCAUCAGAUAAUCACGCCUUUGCUGACUUUUGUUGGAAGGGGGGGUAGGGCCAGAUUUCAGACCAUGAAAACAUAAUCGGCGUCCGGAUUUGGUGCCCCCUGUGAACAAGGUUAUAUAUCUUUGCUCUCUGUUCUAAGUCUUUGAAUAGUUUAAAACGCUAGUCUCCAAUACGGCUGCAACGAUAUGUGGACGUUGGCGACAAAAAUCGAUAAUGAAAAAAGUCAACAAUGAAUUCCAUUGUCGACCAUUAUCACCAGACGUGUUUUUUUCACUGGAGUGAGGCAUCUUACUUCAUUACAAUCUCUGUCUAGAGUCACACAUGUGCAAUAGCGUCUCCGCAGAGAGGUAGGGUAUUCAAACAUGACGACGCCGGCGUCCCAUACAGCGGCUACGAGUACGCACUUAAAACCUCCAAAGUUUAGGAGCACAUUCGCCAAGAUAAGGCAAAGAAAACAAAAACACUUGCGAGGUUUGCAAAGCAGAUGAUAUCUGAUUAGUUGACUAACCGUUUCAAUAGUCGAUGACUAGUCGACUAUUAAAAACGUCAUUAGUUGCAGCCCUACCAGGAAGAUCAUCUUUUGAGCCACUGGAUAGUCAGGCCUUUGCUGACUUUUGUUGGAAGGGGGGAAUGAGUGCAGAUUUCAGACUGAGAAGACCAUGAACAGUGUCAGGAGUUGGCGCCCCCUGUGGACAAAAUAAUAACUCUUUCUCUCUAUGCUAAGUUUUUGAAUAGUUGAAAACUUUGUGUAGAGAGAAAAGAAGUUAUUACUUUGUCCACAGGGGCCGCCAAGUCAUUUGCUAGCUACACAUUCAACACGUAGAGUCUGUAUUUACGAUGAUGAUAACAACGUCUAAACUCACAGUACCUUUCCAGCACCUCGGCCUUGUGAGAGUCUGAUCAUGUUUAACACUCUUCUGUAGAAAAACAGAGACAAACACAGAGAUGCAUCUAUUUAGAAGAAGUGCUAAUGGAGUUUUCCGAUCAAUCCUGAGGAAAUAACAAGACGUCGGUUUAAUGGAGCAGAAAACCGAGUCGCAGAGCCAAGGAGAGAGUGUUUUAGAGCCGUCUGGUUUUUCGCUGGAGUUUCUUUUCAUUUGAUUUCUUCCCAGAUCCAGUCAUUAUAAAACCAUUACCCUGCAGCCUGCAGCAAAGUAAGCUCAGAGUCUCCUCCAAACAGUGUUUACUGAGUUUGAUUUGAGCUGCAAUGACACUGAGCAUGUGCAACACUUCAGUCUGAGUGAUUCAGCAGCCGCACAUCCACGGAUUUCUACACUCAGCCAGUUUUUUGUCGUAUGACUCCUUUUGUUCAUUCGUGCAGCGCCCUGCAGUAUGUUCCUCUGUUCCAGCUUCAAUCUGCUCUGAUCCUGCAGCCUCAAAGCAUCAUGGGUUAUUGAGCGUCUGUCUGAGAUACGUGUCUGUCUGUCUUUCUUCUGGUCGGCGUGUGCUGACAGUGUUGGUGCUACCUGCAGAGCUGCUCCCCUCAAACAGGCCGCGCUGCUUUAAACGCAUUAAUCACAGUCAGCAGCUUCAACUCAAUUACAAAGACACACAAUUCCUCUUCUGCCUUAUUAUGCUCAGGCUUUUUGUAACACGCAUAUCUGUGUUGCCGCGUUUGCACAGAGCCGCCAGUAAUUUGUUUGACAACAUGAAGGCCGCACAAACGCUGCCUGCUUUUAUUGUUACGAGGCAGCGCGGAAAUCGCUGCAUUAUUCACUUUCAAUUAGAGAGCAGCUCAGACGAUCACAAUGCAGCGGCUAAUCCGAACACCUUUGUAUUGUUAACUUCUGCCGGCUCAUUAAAGAGGAGAACUUCAUCAUCGCUGAGCGGCAUGUCCGCUCUGUUUGUUCUGCUGAUUGUAAUCAUGAGUUUUAUCAUCGCUUAUCAGCUUUACAUCCAUUUAGUUGGAGUCAUUAUGUCUUCAUUAAGGCUACACUAAAGCAAUAAGCCUCCUAUUACACAACAACACACCACAGGAGGUCUUUGCACCUCACCCUCUGACUCCUGAGGCCGUGUUUCCAGGAAAGAAACAAGAGCCCAAAGACAAAAUACAUAAAUGUUAAAACUGAAAAUUUACUUUUAUCAGAAAAACAAGAUAUUUUUGAUACCAGCAACAUAUUUCAAAAAUCAUGAUCGAGUGUUUAAGGAACAUCCCAAGAGCGGAGUUUUUCUGAUCGAAAUAUGGUGUAAAAUAAAAGAUAAAUAAUUUCAGGAUAAUGUUUCGUAUUAUGAAGUUGGAUUUCAUCAUCUACAGUACAUGAUAUCAUUAAAAGGCUCUCAGUGAAUCUGGAGAAAGGUGGUACUGCAUUAAAAACAGGCAUGACUCACAAAAUCACUUCCAAAAUUGCUUGUUGAGGAGGAGUACAGUCCAUCCCGACGGAAAGGUAUUGCAUUCACCCAAAGUAAAAGGCUCUGUUUUUCAGAGUAUUUUUUUUCUUUUCUGUUUUUCAGAAUAUUUUUAAUUUUUGUUUUGUUAUUGUUUUUCAGACUAAAUUUUUCACGAUCAUUUAAAAACAGACGCUUUCAUCCCCCUUUUGCUCUAUUUAUCAGGAGCAAACAUGGCCCACUUCUUUAAUUUAAUCAAGUUUUAGUUUUUUGGGGUUUGAGACACUAGAAGAUACUCCGUUCUUUAAGUCAGAUAGAUGGAAUCGUCAGAAGUUUGUCUACUUUGGAUUUGUACACCCUGUGUUUAACUAAAAAGAUGCUUCACUCUCACUGACCCUGUAGUGGAAGUUAUCCAGGAGCUGGAGAAUCUGCAGAGGGAGCAGCUGCAGAAAAAGAAAUUAGUCAAAAAAGCAGCAAAGAAAGAAAAAUACUCAAAAAAAAAAAAUACAGUUUCCCUUUCUUUUUUGUUUUUUGGAAGUGAAUGCAAUAGUCUUCCGUACAUCCCUGCAUCAACAAAAACUGCAACUUGUUAAGAGAAACCGUGUGUUAUUAUGAUCCAGAGAUACUGACGACCUUUGGAGGGUCUGACUUUUCGAAAUCGUAGAUACUGGAGAGGGACCGCCUGGUUUGUUAUCAGUGCACAGUUGAAAAGCUGUUUGUUAAAAUCUAAUAUAAAGAUUAAAAAAAUAAUGGAGAAAUGACAGGACCGUAAAGUGAUCCUGGAUGGCUGAGAUCUUUGGACUCUCAGGUACCACUGCAUUGAAACUCGAUCGUGGAAGUCGCUGCAUGGGCUCAAAAUUUACAACUAUAAAAUAUAAAGAGGAAACCACAGAGAAUCGACUCGACUCCGUCAUAAGCUCAGGAACUUUUGCACCCUGUGAUCCCUCAUGAAGCGCUCCCUGAAGAUUUCACGUCCAUUUUUGAACACUUUAAGUCUCCUUUUGUCUUUUUAUCUCAUCCCUUCUUUGUGUUUAGUCUCGUCUUUUUUUUUGGGGGGGGAUAAAUGUAACCAGGAAAUCUCACCUUUAGAUUUCAGGUCCUCAGUGGGUCGUCUCCUUUUGUCAGCAUCUUAUUAAAUCACCUCCAGCUCCUCACAGAAGAAAGUUUCUAAAUCUGGCUUUAGCUCCGGUCCCCUUUUGUCAUGUCAUAUCUGUACAUGCUCUUUGCCAUCUGAAGUCAGUCUUAAUGCCCCCCAUGUUUUAUUCAGAGGAUAUCUGCUUGCACGCUGCUUAAAGAGCCGGCAUGAAUGGAAGCUGACAAGAGAAACUCUGUCGUGGAGGAUAGCAUCUCACAGAGCAAUUAGAGGGGCGGUAAGAGAGCUUGUCUGGUCCCCCGUUCAAAGAUCUGCUUCUCAGAUAUGUGAUAGCUUCUCCAGCGACCUCCUCCUCCUCCUCUUCCUCCUCCUCUUCCUCUGAACGAGCAGAGUCGGACACUUGAAUGGAAACGACUCUCAGGCAAGUUCUCACUUUGUGUGACACGCACAUGCGAAGUUCCCACAAAUAGACCGACUAUCUCCAGAUCCUCCACUCCCUCAAGUAUGGACCAUGUUUAAUAUGUGUGUGUCUGUGUGUGGUUGUGUGUGGUUGUGUAAGAUUGUGUGUCACAGCCACUUAGUCGGAGACAUUUUCCUCUCCCCCCCUGCUGUGUCAGCCUCCAGCUCGUCUCAUCCUGGAGCUGAUUCAGUCUAAUAACCGCCAUCAAGACAAUGAUACAAAUUAUAUCUCAAACUUCAGCAGGAUUCAGAACAACCAAUUAGCUCACUCUCUCUCUGCGUGAGAUCUGAGCGUGCGAGUAAAGUGGCGUUAGAGUGAAGCGGGUUUUGGUUUUUGUUCCCUAUAAAUGAAGUAAUAUCUGUCGGUGAUCCUCCUUCGUGGUAUUUACUGCUUUCAUGCCUCUGUUUGACUCUUUCCUCCUUCACUUCUGCAUGUUUGUGUGUUUGUUGUGGUGAAUAUUAUACCUUGUGUGCACAUAUACAUGCUGCACAAUUUGAUAUAAGUGUUCAAAGAUCUGCAGCUGCAGGGGGGAACCUUCUCAUGUUUCAUACAUGAGCUCAUUAGCGGCGCUCAGACUGCCCUCCUCUCCAUCCUGACGAACGCUCCGCCGGCGUCUCCUCCUCAGGGUCCGCUCGCUGCUGGCAGAAAGGGCACAGGAAGCAACAUAAGCUAUCCAUCCGAGUUAGUGCCCCGCAGAAAAUCUGGCAGGAUACGAGGACCUGCUCCAUAAAAGGAUCUCUUUUUAUCCCCGGGCCUUCUCCGGUUUUAUCCCGUCUCACAGCAGAGCGAAUCGUCUUCUCUCGAUUGUGUGUUUGUCCUCAGAAAGAGCCAACAGACGGUUGCACAAUGCCGCCACCAGCUGCGAUGACUGCUGCUUUUUUCCUCGUCGAGCCUUUGUGCCAAAACUGUUUUAUGAUGCAGUUAAAUUUACACUGAAGCUGAUUUGAGAUUCUGAUGUGGCGUCAGUCCAAAGUAACGAGUCCAGAUUCAAUCCGGCGUGAAGCAGCCAGACAAGAACCAUCAAGAGUGGUUUUUCGACGUCCAUUUAUGCUCCACGUUCGAUUCCCGCACAGAUAUGGAUGAACCUUUCCUACCUUUCCUAAUAUUACCGCUUUUGUUGCCAUCUUUGUCAUGGAAGUCGUUGCAGCGCCCUCUACAGGAUGUGUUGCCUCACGUCUUGAAGUAUGAACAUCAUGAGAGGAGCAUGAAUGAGCCUCGAGUGUUGAAGUGGGCUCUCAGCAGCCUUUGUUAAUCCAAGCCUCCAAAAGAAAGGUGUCCUAUCGACCCAGCUGCAGAGUGCUGUGAUCCGAUCACUUGUGCCGUGACAAAAGGUUGAUGCCAGAUCCAGCUUCAUCUUCAUGGUUCAUUGAAAAACACUUUCAGUGGGUUAGAAAUGAAGCAGACACUCCGAGCUGAUCCUGUUUUUGUUUGGGCCUCUAGAUCCCUGAUACACCUGUCCUUUUUUGUGGUUUGAUGCUAAGGGUGAACAAAUCACAGAUGAGGUGAAGUAGGGCUGCAGUAAGAGCAUUUUUUUUUUGGAAACUGUGGAUUGCAAAGUAGCACAGACCAGUCUUACGAGGCGUUCACACCAAGCGUCAAAUCAUUCACGCGAAUGAAUCACAUGUUUAGUCAAUGCAAAGACGUGAUUAGAUGUUCGUACUACUCUGGCGGCGCAAAUGAUGCGAAUUGGUUGAGUUAUUCACGUGAAUUGAGCGGAUUCGAAUUACCGAGAGUUGAAAAUAUCUCGACUUGAGCGGAUAUUCGCGUCAGGAUAACCAAUCAGCACGAAGGUUCCCAGAUGACGUACGAAAACAGACCGGAAGAUGUUGACUGGUGUGAAAAUAUAAACACAAAUCCUGUUACUCACAGUAGACAGAUGGACAGACGCUCUGCAGCUGAGAUAAAGCGCCUGUAAUCAGUAUCCUGGAGGGAGAUCCUGGCACCGACCCUCACCAACAGGUCGUCAAAUUGGGUUUUGGUAACCUGAAAUUCCAAUGGAAACGACCGUCAUCCAGGCGCAACUAUUGGAGGAGACCCAGACACGGCGACGCCUACAUCUCCGACGGUUGUGGGCCUUCCACAACAAAAACCAAAGCAGCGAUCUUCUGAAUGUGGUUCACUACAACCGCACUUGAUGGAGACUCUCCCCCUCUCUCAUAUCCACGACUUUUUAAAAAAUAAAACCAGGAGAGUGAGUGAGUGAGGAGGUCGGAAUCUCUGGUAAAUUGUGAAAAACCGCUGUCUAUCACUUGAUCCACCGGUUGAAUUGGCGAGGAUCACUGUUACAAUCAUGUGACUGGACUGAAAUGAUUCUUGGGAAAGAAGCGAGUAAAUACUAUUCAUUCACGCAUCAACAUACGUGCGAAUUAAGCGAGUAGAUGACUUUACUCACGCUUGGUGUGAGCGCCCCAUUAUACCUUCAGUCACAGAAAGCAGUAGUUUUGUACGUGUAGAAGCUUCAUGAAACAGAGGAACCGUUCAAAUGCUGUUACAUUAACAAGGAAUCCCUGAACGUCAGUGAGUUAUCAAACACUGCUUCAUAGACAGGUAUUUAACUCUGAUCAGACAUGCUUCUGCAACCGUGGGACUUUAUUAUCCUUUAAAAUCACUAAAAAAAAGCUCCAGUCUUAGCGAGUGUUUUUGUCUCAUUUCUAGGGAAAAUGUCUUAUCAAGUUCCGUCUGACAAGUUCAGAAAAUGUUCUUAUUUCAAGAUAUUACACCAAAAAAUGAGACCUGGAUUGCCUGCAGAGGAUAACUGGUAAAACUCUUAAACUUAUGCAAACUAAACUCUUAUUUCAGGAAACUUGAAAAGUGAUAUUUUCUUUUCCUACAUGUUGAAAUCAGAGACUUUUCUGGGCUUGUCGUGUGAAUGUGUCCUAAAUUAAACCGAAUAAGAUACUUUGUACUUGAACUUUAGACAAGAAAACUCACUAAGAUUUGAGUUUUUGCAGAGAAAAUAAUAAAAUAAACUUUUUUUUUUUCUCUCUGAAUAAGCGCUUUGAAGCUGUCUGCUCCCUCUGAGUCGUAGUUUCGCUGCUGCAGCAUUUAUUUAAAUAAAACAUCUAAAAAAGUCGAGAUCAUGAAGUACUUUUCUUUGCAUUUAUUCGAUUCCCACUCAUCAAAGCCGGGACUUAAAAACUUAAAUUUUAAAGAUGCGAUUGAAAAUGUUAAAAAUCAAUCUUUAACAAACCUGGUAAUGAGUGUUUUUCUCUCUCUCUGCAGAAAACCGUCUGAAGGAAAACACGACCAAGUACAUGAAGCUGUUGGAGGACAGGCUGCACAGGUAAGAUGUUUUCACGUCUGCUUCUGUCUCUGAGUGCAGAUGUUUAUCCUGCAGAAAAAAAGACAAACACAGAGAAACAGCCUCUGAGGAUUUUCUCAAACCUGUGUAGUUCUCAGACGGAGGAUUGCCUCACCCAUCACACUCUCACUCACACCUUCUUCUUCUUAUCCAGAGGCCUGUUCUCACAUUCUUCUCCGUCUCUCACCUGCACCGUUUCUCCUCCUCUUCUCACCCUUGCACAUAUUUUCGAUUGUUGUAGUUUCCAUGCCUCCACAUCAGCUCUCUUUCCUCCUUCUCCUCCCCCCUCUCACUCGGGAAUAAAAGAUCUAUGUUUUUACAGAGUCAGAGUCUCCACCUUGAGCCGAGCUCACAUUGUCAGAGUCACUGUAUGUCUGCUUGACCCCUGUCUGUGCCCGUGCAGUUUAAGAGGGGGGUGGGUUUCUGUGUCGUCUCUCCGGAGAGUCAGGGUCACCUCUCUGGAUGGGAGCCAGGAGUCAGUCACACUCUGCGGGCUGUUUGUUGAUGAAGGAUGCGCAGGCCGGGGCUCCGAGUGGUCAAGGAGCAACAUGGCUGCGGUCUCUGCGCCCAGCGGGAGGAGCUCGCCUCCAGACCCGUCCUGUCAAAAGGGCAGAUGGCCACUUUGUGUGAUUUUUGUUUGAAUUUUAAAGAGAGAGUGAAGGAGAGUUUCAGAGGAAGGGUACCUGACCUGAAGAGAGGAGGAUGACUUGGAGACAGAGGCUGAGUCACUGGAGGAGGAUCUGUGAGGGAGUUUCAUAGAAACAGUCAAAGGCAGCAGCCGUUAUGAUCUAUGAAAGAGCAGAAGUCAACAACAUCCUCUGGAGAAAGGAGGCUUUCAUUCUGUACCUGAACACGGCCUCAGUCCUGACAAAAAUGUGACGCUGUGGUGAUAAAAACAGAUUUUUCAGAUCAUUUUUCAGCCAAAAACAGCGGAAAGAAACCGUGUUAAAUCUUAAAACUAAAAAAUUCUCUUGUUUUAGGGAAAAUGUGCAUUCACUUUAAAUUUGAUGUUUAUAAAAAGCUGCGACAGAGACAGAGAACACUGAAAAAGCUGUUUAAUACUUUAAAAAAACACCUGGAGGGACAUUUUUUUAACUACAAAGUUGAUUUCUAACAGGUUAGCCGUGUUUCCCUGAGCUUUUUCGCUUUGGGGUGGGUGCUGGGUGGGUGACGUAUGACAUAGACAAACGUCGCCUCUGUAUGACGUGUUUAUCAUACAUGCCUACGUCACACGCUGGUGGCAGGUGAUAAGCCAGCGCUGUUUUCGCAGAGAGAUGCUUUAGCUAGCAUCCACAAGAGACUGUGCGGCGUCCGCAUCACUACAUAUCGUCUUUUUGAAGAAUGUAGAUAUUUCCAAUUAGGGUGCUGAACGGUCGGGGACAUUUCGGCGCUCCAUGACCAGUUUUUUUUAAUUGUUUUGUUGGCGGCAAACACGAUGGAAAGGAGCCAGAACCCCGGGUUGUCAAAACUAUCCUGCACAAAACUGGCAGUACAGUACAGGGUAUGAGUGGCAAGAGCUCGUGACCAGAAUACCAGACUCAGUGGUGCUGACAUGUUGCACCUCUGAACUACACGGCGUGUCAGCAGGCGUGUUUGUUGUGAGAUUGAGAGAGGAAUGAGCGGAGAGCUCAGCUCAUCGCAUUUUACUUGAGAGUAAUGAAACGAUUGCGAGCUUUAGAGUCUGAAAUAACACAAAUUAUAUUUUAUAGGUCGUUGUGAUACAAAUAAAAAUUAAAUGUAUAUAUUAAUCUACGACAUCAACUUCUGGGUUGGGAUUUCAUUGGCAGGGCGUGAUACACUAUAAAAUAUACUCUAGGGAAAACACUGGGUUAGUGACAUAGACUGUACAUAGAAUGGACGCCGUCUGCCUCCUCGUCACUCCGAGAACAGCACCCUCUGGUGACAGGCUGCAGUAUAGGUCAUAAAUCCAACUUUAGAAAUUUAUUACACAGAAUAUAAAUGUUUCUCCCCCCUGGUUGUGAUGUUGACAUGUAGUUACUGUCAGACUGGAAGGCGGAACCAAGUUUUCCAUCGUAUAUACAGUCUAUGGUUAGUAACAUGACUGGGGGAAGGAGGGCGCUAAAGAGAGGCUGAGACUCCUAGAAGUAAAGAUGCAAAAAUGUGAGUGACUGCGUGAGCAAACAACGUCUGAAAAUUUUGGGAUUGAAUCACCUACGGAACAAAAUAUCACCAAAGAUUCAGAUUCAGUUCACUAUCAGGAAAUAACAGACUGUUGCUAUGGAGUGUUGCUAUGAAAUGACCAAUCAGAAUCAAGAACUCUUCACAGCUGUGUAAUAGAUCCCUGUCUUUACAGAGCUCAUAUUACACAGACAGCUGACUAUAAGAUAAAUCUCACCACUCCACCACUGAGAGACAAAUCCUGUGUAAGGACCGCCUCUCGGUUACCGGGGCGCUGUAAACUCAUUUUCCUGCUCAUCACAGUCAUUAUUAAUCGAUCAGCUCCUCAGCCGUCUAUCAGCCUUUACAACCAGAGGGGUCCGGAUCACAUCACUGAUAUGUAACUGUGGCUCCAGGCGACGACCUGCAGCUUCGACAGAUCCAGUUUGGCACAGUGACACAGAUUUGGUUUGAUUGAACGGGCAGAUUUCUCUGCACACACACACACACACACACACACACACACACACACACACACACACACACACACACACACACACACACACACACACACACACACACACACACACACACACACAGCCAUCAGCCACUGUAUAUUUCAUCACUCAGCGCUCAUGUACAUUACUGCUGAUGGAGUGCACUGCUGAUAGGAGGUAAAAGAGGGGGGUAGAUUAGUGCUGGUGAGAUGUCUGGUCUCCGUGGAGACGGAUGCGGCUGAAAAAAAGCAAUUAUCUCUUCCUUGCUAAAGACGAGAACAGGAUGUUAGAACAGCGCAGAUGCUGUAAGUGUGUCACCAGAACAAAACAUUUUAUUCAGAUUAGCAGCAGUGGUUUAAUGCAUUAUGGAGAUGAUUCAUUAGGAGAUUCCUCUCGUAUUUUUCCUGCAUUUAUGAGUCCUUGUGUUCAUAUUUGGAUGCUAUUUAUCAUAUUUAAUGGGCGCAGUGCAGCGAGUGUGGAAGUCAUUUAAAUAAUCACACAAAACAAAGUCCUCGAAGCCCUUUUUAUAGUGAAAUCCUGACAUUUAAAACACAAAUUCAGGACAUUUCCUGGAGUUUCCGCCUAGAUGUUCACCCCAAUAAUAACUCUUGACUUUCUUAACCUAACAGACAGUUUAACCGAGUGAUAAACGAGUACAAAAACCUGUGACGAAGCUGUCUUUGUGUUAUAAACUAGACUAAAAUAAAGUUGCUUCAAAGCUAGCAUGUAUAUCUGAGGGGCUACAGGAGUCCUCUGAAGAUGCAGGAGACUGAAAUCUGCACUUCAUUAGAUUUUAAAUUUGAUUAUUAUCUCUGCUUUGACGCUAGAGAAAUUGCAGAUCCUGUGAAGAUUAAUGGUGGACCGCUGUUUCUAUGGCAGAUUGGGCAACAGUGGUACAAAAUAUCAGGAAGAGGAGAGCAGAGAGAGGAGCAGGAGGAGGAGGAGGCAGGUAUGUGUGACUGAAAAGCCAAGGGACAGAAUGAACAUGACAAGAGAGAGAGGCUGUAGUAGUACUGAGGAGCAAAUGACCGCUGAGGUAAAAAGUGAGAGAAAUACACGCCCAAGUCUCAACGUCAUAAACAAUAUGAAAUAAAAGCUUAAAAAGACUUACAUGCUGAAGUCAACAACCUGCAACUACCUGACUGAUGGUCAUUAGGAGAAAAUUGCUGCAAAUGUAAAAACAAAUCCAGCAAUGAUUCAAAUUCUGAGACUACGUUUACACACGCCCAUGACAAACCUGUAUUCCAAGGACAUUUUGCUCAUUACGUCAGUUAGUAUUUUCACUUAUUACAGUCAACUCAGUCCGUCAUUUUUGCCUUUAAUAUCUUGAAAUUAGACCUCAUAGUUGGAUGAAUCUAGUGAAUUUGUUAUUUUGCCACUUAAGCUCCUGAUAUUCUUUAGAUAAUUUCAGGAUAUUUAGGCCAAGAUAUUUCCGAAAAUCGACGCUCUCUUUUGCCUUUUAACUCUUGGUCUCAUCCUGCUGACUUCUGUUGUUAAUACUUAUGUAGAUGCUGCACACAUAAUAUUCAAGACUCAAGAUUCCACUUUCAGGCUCCACAGGCAGUAAAAUGUAAAUAUUUCACAUCAGAAUUGUUAUUUCUCAGCCUUUAGCGCACAUGUAAGAGUUAAAAAAAUACAGACAGGAGAGAGAAAUGUAAAGUGUCUGAAACAAAGAGAUGUGAGUCGCUCAGCUGUCUGCCUCCUCACACUGAGCCUCCCUCCUCUCUAACAGUUCACUUCAUGCACUGUCUGUCACACCUCAUCCAAACAUAUUAUUAGCACCUCUCCUCUGCUGGUGUUAUCUGAGAUGCUGCAGCCUGAUUAAAGUGAAACCUCAGCGUCUCAUUUUUCCUGACGUGUGAAUUGUGUUUAUGGAUCAGAAGCUGCAGAGACGCUGUGGUGAGACCGGAGGUGAAAGUCGCAUUAAUUUUAUUUUAUUCAGGAUGGUAAUGUCUCUGGGUGUUGGUGCUUAAUUUACCAAAAAUAGACUCAUAAACAGAUCUGAAGAUUAUCCAGCUGUGACUGAAGAUAGGAGCUGUUUUCCACUGUCUGACUGUUUGUCUGUUAUUAGCAUUCAUGUGUGAGACGUAGAGCUGCAGCUGAAUUCUUGUUUUGGUUGAUUUUAGUGGUUAAAACUGGCUGACGCAUUUGUUAUUUUGAUGGUGGAUCAUUUUCAAAGGAGUCAUUCAGUCUUUAUAUUAUCCUCUAUAUGAGCAGAUGGUGUCGGCUGUUAAAGAGAGCUUUGUUAUCUUAACAGAGUGUAUGAAAAAAAUGGUUAAUGCAAGACAUAUGCAGAACUUCGAGUGGAGAGAGAGAGAGACUUAAAAAUCUUUAAAAAUAGAGUCUGGGUGCAAAUCUGGAGCAGGGAAAUCUCAAAUUGGGCUGCAGCUGAAGUCUAUAAUCUGUAAAUCUUCACCUUGGAGUGCAGAAUUAAAGGAUGCUGCUGACACUGUAAAUAAGCAACAAUCGUGCCGAAUAUUUAAUCUACUAUGAAGCCUAAAAAUGAGCGUAAACCCCCUUUUAAAUAUAAAGAUACUGAAACACUCCUUUGCUCACCCCUCUGGUCUGUGAAGAGACGGUAGCCCUGAAGGCCAAGAAGCCUCUGUGAUGUGUUGCUGCUAACUAUAACUGUUCACAGCUUAGUUAUGAACUGAUUUUUUAAUUGUAAUGAUCGAUUCUUAACAUUUCAAGAGUGUUUCUAUAAAUCUUAUGUGGAAUUAGAAAAAUCUGAGUUGUCUUUCUUGCUACUCGGUUGACGUCUUACCCCUCACUCUAGUUUGAGGGGAUAAAAACAACUGUAGGUAUCUUCUUUUUUGUUGCUGAUGAUCUUUUUUUCUUUUAAAUACCAUUUAAAGGCAUCAACAUGAAUUUCAGUCUUUUUAUCAGAAAGGUCAAAAAACUACUUAUAGCAGCUUUAACACUAAAUCUUAAAGACCCACUCUGAUGAAAAUCAUGUUUUUCUUGUUCUCUACAUGUUCAUAUGUUUAUUUUUCUGAUGCUACAGGACACAUCAUGAGAAAAAUAAGAGCGAAAUUACAUUUUUGAGUAUUUCUGCAUUCAUAUCACUGUGAACCCCUCACAGAUGGAAACAGCAGGUUCAGAUUCAGUGAGAUUUCCUACAUCACAAAUCCAAGCUCCGCCCCCAGAGCCCCACGAUGCAGGCCACACUUGGAGAAAUACAGAGGACGAUCGCAGAACAAGCGUGUGCGUUAGGGUAUUUUAAUGCUCGUCACAAAGCUAAUUAUGAUAUUAUCUUUCAUCAUGUCCCUCAAGACAUUAGCAUCCGAGAGCUGAAUAGUUUCUAUGUUACCUGUUACUUCUACUACACCGGCAAUGUUAGGCUGCAAGCUAACGUGAAGAGGAGUGUGCAGAGCAGCGCUGUCUCCGCCCACGACUCAGAGACCAAUGAAAACACUUGAAGCAGAAAACUCGAGUGAGACCAGAGUAACUGGAGGGUUCGAUACAGAAAGUCGGAGAUGGAUGCAGACAAGGACGACAUAGAGAUGCACAGCUGCAGCAAAACAGAUGAUCAUUUUGUUAAAGCGAAGAAAACAUAGACGCAGAUUUAAGAUCAGAGGUCCUGACUGUCAGCCUUUCCUCACUCUGUGGAGGUCUAACACAAACUCCUGGUACCAGCAGGACCAGACAGCUGCUCCUGCCCUCAGCGGUCAUAAAUAUAAUCCUUCCUCUGUCUGGAUGUCUGUGUGCGUGAGUGUGUGCGUGUGUGUGUGUGUGUGUGAGUGUGUGUGUGUGUGUGUGUGUGAGUGUCGCCUGGAGGAGAAAGAGCAGUCCUGUCAGUCAGCGCUCCCUCAGGAGGGGCUGAAGGACCGUUGGACAGAUCGUGCCUGUCUGUCUCUGCGUCUUAUUACCGGGCCAUCAGCGGAGCAGCACGCCCACACCCGGCCUCUGUCAGACGGCCGACCGGGCGGCUGCCACCAAUUAACCCCCCCGGGCGAGGAGUUCAUACCGGCGGGCAACAGGAUCCUAACAUGAGCGAAGAUUUGUCUGAAUCUACAGUAAACAGGAAGUUAACAUGUGUGAUGAAAUGUCCUCAAAGAGAGGCUUGAGGCCGACUUUAGAGAAAUAUUUGACUGUUCAGCUCGCACAAUGAUUUAUGUGCAUGUGUGUGAGUUAACACAUGUGUGCCCACCCGUAUCUGUGUGUGUAUAUGUAUGUGUGUGUGUGUGUGUGUCUCCACUUCAGAGGAGACAAAUAACAAUGGCUCGGCUCACUGGCUGCGUCCCCGCCAUGGCAGAAUUCAGAGGCAGCAGCAUUGAGUGGUGAAUUGGCGAGGGCAGGGGGGCUGGGCCGAGCAAUCUUUCUAUUGUCUGUGUGCCAAAUGAAGGUUAGCGAGCGGCUGAGAGGCGUGCGUUGGCAGGAGCAGAGGUUGGCAGCCUUUUCAGGCAGGAGAUGGGCUGGAAAACAAGUGGCAUUCAAUUUUUCAGCAGACAGAGAGAGAGAGAGAGAGAGAGAGGAGGGAACAGAGGGGAAGAUUAAACAGCAUUGUCUGGGUGCUUCUGCCUCUCAGUUUGUUUAUGCAUGAUGGAGGACGAGCAAUUUCUCAAUUUCUCAAAUCUACCUUCCCUGCAGGGAGGCACUCUGGAGGUGAAAAUACUGAAUAUAUUAUCCGGGCUGAUAUAUGAGUUUAUACCUUAAGUUUUUUUUUUAUCAGUCUCAGUCUCAGUCAGCCAGUCAGUGUGAAGGUAAGUGUUUGUGACAGAGAAACUCCUCCUGGGUUGGAAAUAAACAGAAGAAGAAAAAGAAGAAGAGAAGGGAGGACUCCUCGAGCUUUAAAAUAUUUGGUACUUCCUGUCAGAUUUAGUUUGUUGUAAACUAAAACUGGUUUCUGGAAGCAAAGUUGAUCCAGAGGAAGGAAAAGAAAGGUCAGAAAAAGAAGAGAAAUCAAGAAGAUGUGGGAGAUAUAAAGCUGCACUUCCUCAGGCGUCCUCUAGAGGCAGUCUGAACAUGUCCGUGUCAUAAUACUUUCAUGAAAUCCAAACUAAAGAACCUCAACUUCUAAAACUGUUGAACUGUUUGGGUCAGUGUUCAUGGUGGCCAAUGGAUUUUUGUUUUCAAAUGAAAAAACGACGACCAGUAAAGAAUCAGAUAACGAAAAACAGAAAAAAGACCGUUUUCCGUUCUGUGAUGUGGGUUUAAACGGAAAUCGAAGAUUAAAAUACGUGUGUGGAAAUCUUGUGUUUCAAUUUUCAUUUACCUAGUUUGCUGUGACCCAGAAGUCGUGACUCAGAGUGAGACUUUGGUUUUCGUAAGCACAGAUAUAUAACCUGUAGAGAACGACGUACCUACGUGGCGGCCAUCUUGGAGGGGGCAAAGAACACUUUAUCAACCUGUUUGCUCACGCAGUCUCUCACAGUGUGGUGGAUUUCUCUCCACUAGAUAGUUAACUGACCCAUUCAGAAGCUUAAUUAGCCCCCAGCAAUACAGCUUUGACUUCGGCCCCGUUUAUACGUACCUGGUUAUUUUUAAAAACAGAGACAUUAACCGUCGUUUGCACCCUACAUUUAGCCGCAAACGAAGAAUUCGCCCCUGAAAACGAUGCUUUUUAAAAACUCAGAUUCUGAUCAGAUUCUGAUUGGCUGAUGUGGGCUUGAGCUUCACGCUACACUGCCACCUACAGGUUUGGCAUGCUCUUGACGGUGUAUACGAAACGAAAACAUACGUUUAUGAAAACGUAGUGGUGUGCAUGCGUUUUUUUUUGUUUGUAAACGGAGAGGGUUGAAUGUCUGUUUAUCCUGUCCCUCCUUUCAAGCUCCACCCUUUCGUCCAAAUAUGGUCACUUCUGCUUCCUGAAAACCUUCAGUGCUGGAGUUGACUGAAAAAAUCAUGUUUUUUUUAAUUUAUUUAUGCUGAUUAUAGUUGAAAACUUUUGCUUUUUUAGAAUAACUUUAAACCAUUUUAUGAUGAAAUCAGUGGAUUUAACUCCUCAAAUGUCUCUUGGACCAAAGUUCUUGUGAAAAGGUCAGCGAACAGGAACAUUUGAAAGGUCAGAGGUCUCAAAGGGGAUUUCACUCAGAAACACAAAGAGAGAUCAGACUUUCUCAUAACCCACCACCACUAAUAUUUCUUCUUUAUUUAGAUAACUCCUGUACAUAAACUCUCGUAAAAGGAGGAUUUUCAGUCUUUACUCUGGAUUAUUAAGUUAAAGAGGAGGGUGAAAGGAUGACUGUAACUCACUGAGGAGAUAAACAGUCAUCAUGUCCUCGUCCUGAACUCCUGCUGGAUUUUUCUCUUGUUAAAUAAAACUUAAAAAAAACUGGAUUUACAGGUUCAGGUUGAUUUAUCUCUCUGUCACUCCCUGUUAACAUACCGUAAGUAUAUCAUUGUCUCGUACUGCCUUAUAUGGUAUUUUGUAGUAUUGUUUGUUAUAACACACCGGUCUGUGUCUCUGUGCAGCUGUGGUUGUCCCGGUCUGGAGCGGAUCUGGGAGGCCGACCUGGAGGCGUGUCACCUGUUCCUUCGGGGUCUCCAGCUGCGGACGCCAAGCUGCAGCGGGGCCGACAUCGAGGACCUCCCUUCUGCUGCAGCGUACCCCCCGACUCAGCCGAGCACCAAAGAAGAAGAAGACUGCGCCAUGCUGACGGCGUUGGGAGGCCGCUGGUGUCCUGAGGCAAACUUACAGCACUCAGAGUUCACAAAGGUAACGCACAAACACACACACACGUACGCGCUUUGUCAUGCAUUAUUCAUGUAAACAUUCAUACUGCAUGGUUCGACUGAGAUUUAGUGUAAAAGACUCCCUUUCCAUCUCACAGUUUUUGACACCCACCCCUUCCCUGUCUCUGAAAGGUCAAAAACGAGCAGCUUGUUCUCACAUUCACAAGAUUUUCCCUUUUUUUUUUAUCCCUGUGGUGCAAAAUGUGACCUCAAAUAAAGCGCGCCCGCUCGGUCAGUCUUCCCACUUGACUGGAGAGAACAUUUUUAGUCAGUAGACUCAGCUGCUGUCAGAAAAUGAGAGUCUGUCAGCCACAGUGAGAUGAGCAGAAGUCUAUUAGUGUUUUUGCUCGGAGGUAUUUCUAAACGAGGAGUGUGUGGGCGUGAGGGAGGCAACCGUGUGGAAAUAUUCUGGCUUCCUAGUAGAGGUUCAUUCUGCAGAGUGUAGAUGUAAGAGUCAGUUUCUGCACGAUUACAUGUGUUUAGUACGAGUGUGUAUUCUGUGUUCGGUGUGUGUGUGUGUGUGUGUGUGUGUGUGUGCUGGUCUAUCCCACAGUGAGUUGAAGUCCGCCGCCUCAGGGCAGAGUCCGACUCACUCUCUCCUCUCCUCACACUUUCCUCCGCCCACGUCGUCUGACAGACUCGUCUGAGAUCGGAACAAAGCCAACACAGCCAGAAUCAGGAAAAAAAAAACACAAUUUCCAGUCGAUUUGUGGGACUGUAUUGUUCGUUUGCCUCCCAGAUUCUGAUAUAAAAUGUUUGCUAAUUUUAGUUUGGGUUUUCUGCUCGGAUCUUCACAUGCUGCUGUUGGCUGAGUGUCCUCCUGCAUGUAUCUGAUAAUCACAGAGCUGCUUAUUUUCAAGCACAUUUAAUUCCCCUCCUGUUGCACGCUCUGCACAUUUUCUCACACUCUCGCUCUGUGCAAACAUAAAUACACAUUUUUUACUGACGUCCUCUUUCUUUGCUUUGACUGACUGCAAUUAACAAACUGCAUGGAUGUUUUUUUUUUCCUUUUUCUUCCUGCUUUCCUUUUGUUUCUCUCUGCUUUUCUUCCCCCUCCUAAAGCCCGGCCCCUCCUAACGUUUCUGCAAGAACUGAAAGGUGAGGCUGCCGACCUUUUCUCUCUUUUGUCUUCUUCACCCUGUGCACUCUUUUCUGUUUUUUUUUUCCUCUGCAAAAAAACCCUGGAGCUCAAAGAAGAAAAUUUCACACUGAGUUCAAAAACUGAGUCUGGGGGAUGGUUUAGUAUCUCCUGAUGAAGAUAAAAACUGGUACAUGUAAGAGUUUAUUCAAAUCAGUGAGAUAAAAACAGGAUCAGUGCCGUUUUUAAACAGCAGAGGGAGCUGUCUGUCGUUGACUGAUAUAACAUACAAUAGGGCUUGGUGCAAUAUGACAGGAUAUGAUAUGAUACGCAAUAUUACUCUAAAUUCAACAUGAUAUGAUAUUAUAUGAUAGGAUAUGAUAUGGUGAUAUGAUGGGAUACAGAGCGGUACUGUAGGAUAUGAUCUGAUACUGAAUGCUACAUAAUGAUGAAUGAUAUGAUAUGACAUGAUGAUAUGAAAUGACAUGAUAUGCUAUACUACAGGGUACAGUGAGAUACCAUACAAUACAAUGUGGUAUGAUACUAUAUGAAAUGAUACGAUCCAAUACGAUAAAAUACGCUAUGAUAUUUGAUAGGACACGGUGCAAUACAUUGUAUCGUAAUACGAUAAAAUGAUACAAUCUGAUAUGAUAUGAUAUAUGAUAUGAUACAGAGUGGUACUAUAGGAUACGAUAUGGUACUGUACAAUAAUGAUUAAUGAUAUGAUACAUCAUGUUAUGAAAUGAUAUAUGAUUUACGAUAGGAUACAGUGAGAUACUAUACAAUACAAUGUGUAAUGAUACUAUAUGAUAUGGAAUGAUAUGAUACAAUGGGAUAUUUGAUAGGACACGGUGCAAUAUAAUGUAUCACAAUACGAUAAAAUAUGAUACAAUACGAGAUGAUAGGAAACAAAAAAGAUACCUGAAUGUCCAACAAAUAAGUGUUUUGCACUUCAGCAUAUCUUUUCAUGAAACUAUAUUAUCGCAUCGUAUUUUAUCACAUCUAUUUGUAUUUUGUUAUAAUUUCUUGCAACAUAUUUUAUUUUAUUGAAUCAAUACAUAUAUCAUAUUCCAUCUUUUCUUAUCAUAUCUUAUCAACUUGUCUUAUUGAUUAGUUUGUAUCGAUCUAUCGGAUCAUAUCAUAUCUAACAUAUUAUCAUCUUGUUGUUUCUGUUAAUAUCUUAAUGUUUUCUGUGUUGUAUUUUAAUGAAGCAUAUCCUUUCUUAUAAGUUGUACUUCAUCUCGUCAUAUCGGAUCAUAUCUUGUUUUAUCACAUUGUGCCAUAUUCUAUUGUAACGUAUCCUGUUAUCCUGAGAUAAAAACUAAUAUAAAGAAUAACUUGGACUUCUUUUUGUUGAUUAAUUGACUGUCGAGAGUAAAACACUGUUGUUCAGGGUUAUUGACCAAUCAGAUUCAAGUAUUUUUUAUGUAGAGAAUUAACAUGACAAAUGAUAUGUUUUUUUUUAAUUAAAGAGUAUGGUCUGUCCACGUUUAGCCCAGAUUUAAGCUUCUAAAUUAUUUGAUAUCUACUGUGGUAUUAAGAGUCAUAGCUGGUCAAUGAUGAUUACAGUAUAAAGGAGUGGAGGCUGUUUUAAUGAAGACAUAAUAAUUAGAAAUAUGCUGAUUAUAUUCUUCUGUAACUCUGGAGUUUUAUAUAUUUACCCUGAGGCUACAAACAGUAUGUUAUCCUCCCAUAGAUGCAGUAAUUACCUCCUUUCUGACUAAGAAGAAUGUACAAUUAUACUCUUUAAAUGCUAACAAAGGAAACCUGCAGCACAGAUGAGCCGCUUAAUCUAUUUUCUCCUUGUCAGUUUGGUGAUGAAUAAUUACAGCCUCUUCUCAUUAUGAUGAUGCUGCACAUAAACAGAACACAGCAGACAUAAUUGUACUUUCAAUAAUUCAUGAGCAGGUUUGUGACUGUGUGGCCUCAACAACUGUUUCCCUUUUUUGUUGCAGAAACUGGAGGAGUUUUUGUUCUGCAUGGAGGAGAAUCACCCCGAGGUAACGCUCACUUUGUUUCUGUGUUAUUGAGUGUUUUCAGUGUAAUUAAAGUGCCGGUUACAUCGACGUCGGAUCACUGGGACACACAAGAAUCCAUCAUCCGACCUUAGCUUAAACAUGACCUCUGUCGCCUCUCUGAGUGUCUGAUCAAUACUGAUCUACAUGAGAGGAUCUGUGGCUGCUACUGACGGUCUCACACUCUGGAGGCAGACCUAAUUAAUACAGGGGAGGGUUUCUGCUGAGUUCAGGACUGUUCAGCACCUUUCUGCUUUAAAUUCAGACUUUUGACACUUGUUUACACCUGGACGAAACUCUGAGCCCCUUGCCUGUCUUUCUCUCAAGAUGACAUUAUAUUAAAAAUAUCAUAUAUUGGGUAUAAUAACGGUAACGGUAUAUGGUAAAAAUUAAUUUCCCUCAAUAUCAAUAUAAAACAUGGUCAAUAUCCAGCAUUCUGACAGAUUUAUACUAUAAAUAUACUAUACGAAUAGCCAAUGAAAAGCGGAGUUGCUCUGGGUCCGCCUCUUGCUGAACCAAUCAUGUGCUGAAUAAGAACCAAGAAGCAAACAACUGCGUAGUAGCAGACAGCAGCUACACGCAACCAUAAAACUUAAACAUGUAAAGCCGACAGAACUGUUGGUAAGAAAAAAGGAAAUAAGUGCUCAACAGAUGACGACAUCGUUGACAACACUGGCGCGAAAACGUCGGUGGUGUAGAGGUAUUUUGGUUUUUGAGAUCGGACAUGAAGCAGAGUAAUGUGCACUGUAAAUUAUGUUGAGUACAUGUUCUCACAAAGUCAGGGAACACCUCAAAUCUUUUUCACCACCUGAAGCAGCGCCACGCGGCAGAGCACGCGCAAUGCAAAUGGUUACAAACCCUGAGCUGAGCAAGGAGCCCAUGGUGCCUGUGCAGCCGAAACAGUCGACCAUUCAGUCGCUUUCUCUGCGACAAAACGCCGAAGAGACACAAAGACCUCACAGAUGCAGUAGCUAUGCAGUAGCUACCAAUAAGCACUGAUAAAUUUCAUUUCAUUCAAGGUUCACAGACGAGCAGUACCUCAAAGAGGAACAUGCAGGUUUUUCAACAAUGACAGAGGUGGAUAUUGAGUUUGGGCUCAUGCAUGAGAAAAAUAAAUUUUACCUCUUGAAAUCUGCAGCUCUAAAUUACUUUGAAUAAUUGAAAACCAGGUUGACAUGUGGAGACUCAGUCACAGUAGGUCUGAUGCAUCCCUGAGCUGGAUAAUAAGAUAGCAGUUAAAUAGUUUCAGUAUCUUUGUCUUGAUGAUGUUGUGAUAGCGCCGUGGUCUCCUCACUGAGCGUCUGACCCUUUUUCUCCUUCAUUAAUGACUUUAAGUAAAUGAUUUCCACUUAGCUGCUGCCAAGCUGCUGCCCUGCCGACACAAUGGAGAUUGAUUAUUGUGUGUGAGUGUGUUAGUGUGUAUUUUAGCACUCCUGCGCUUUCCUUUUAAUCCUGACAAAUUAUUCAUUUAUCCUCUCGGUGUCCUCGUGUUCCCCUCUUCACACUGACCCAGAGCAAAUAAGAAGAAAAGAGACAUUAAUAAAAUGAAACGUUGAUGGAUUUCGAUUAUGUUUGUCAAGGUGGUAUUUUUGAAGAUAAUACAAUCAAAUGAUCACCAGCAGCCGUGUAAGUGUUGCAUCAUCAGAGACGAGUGCUUGUGAUUUGCUUUAAGGAAGUAGCUGCUGUAUGCAUGCUGUCACAGUCUAUUUUACCUGCAGACUUGGUGCAAAUACUCCCUUUCAACGGAUCAGGUUAAGUUACUCUAUUUGUACCUGAUUAUAGAUUUAUUUUGCAUGUAACUACACAAAAUAAUCAGCAUAAACAUGAUCAGAAAAUAAUCAUUUCAAUCAAUGUGAGUAAGAGAGUAAUAUCAGAAGAUGGGAUGGAUAAAUAAGUGUGAUUAUCACUCAGAUGAGUAGAUAAAUCUCUGUAAUAAAACCAAGAAAAAACUGAGUGUUAAACUGAAUAAUUAAUGCAAAUAAAUAAUGUUUCUGCCAUGUGUGCAAAACAUCUCGAAUAAUUAAAACAAACACUAAAACUAAUUAAUGGAUAAUUUAACCCAAAAACUAGCAUAAAUUAAUAUAUAAACGUACAAAUUAGCAUUUAAAACUUAUUUCAGAGAACAACUCCAAAAAUAAUAAUAAUAAAAAAAAACAAUACCAACAAAAAAUUAUACCUUUUCUGUGGUUUUGUAUCACACUGUUUUGUACCACAUCGUAUUAUAUUGUGUCCUAUGGUAUAAUCUCGCACCGUCUUGUAUUGCCUCAUAUUGUAUUGUAUACAAACUCGUUAAAUCGUAACUUUUUCACAUCAAUAUUGUUUUAGAUCAGCUGUCCUUUAUUCUACCUGUGGGCCUGAUGUUAAAAAGGCUGAACACAGAUAGACAUGUCAAUACUUUCCACCUUUGCUUUCUUUGCUGUUUCUCAUGUCAGUGUUUUAAAUCUGCGCCUCAGUACCUCAAAGUAUACCGAUCAAAUGCCUCCAUCAAAUAAGAUGUUCUGUUUUUGUUGAGAGAGUAUAAUUUAAAUUAAAUUUGUCUUUUAGUACAAAGACAUAAUUAGUUUGGCUAAAGUUCAUUUGCUGUUGGAAGUCAAUCAAAGAACAUCACUGCCAAUUAAACCAUGCAGAAAUAAACCCAGGUGUUUUAUCACUUACUGUCUCCGUUAGAGGAGAGUGGUGCAUUGUGGGACGUAAGUGUAAACUAACAGCACUCCAAAAAAUUUAAUUUGCAUCUAAAUUGCACUUCACACUUUGUUAGUGGCGAAAUUAUGCACACUUAGAGCCGUCAGAGUGUCAGUAAAACACUCUUGAUCUGCUGUACGAGUGUGUUGUUUGGGGUUACUGUUGUUACACACAGACAUGCAGCUUCCUCUCUUUGAGCGCAUGCUUGUCUGAUGUAUACCUUUAAAAAACCUGUUGUUAUUAUCUGUUUUUUAUUUAGCCAUGUUGCUUUACUCAUCAACUAAAAAAAUAAAACCUCUGAAGUUUUCUAUUUAGGUUACUUUAAAUGUUUUGCACAAAAGUACAGCUCAGAUUGGGAGUUUUGUUAAAGAUAGAUUUUAUAAAGAUGGACGGGGUGGUGCAGAUUUACACGCAGAAGGCUGGUUAGUCAAUUUCAUUUCUUGUAUGUUUGAUAAGUUAUUGCAAGGGCUUCUUGGGCAUGACUUCUGCUCCCUGGUGGUUCAUUGGGGUGUUGCAUACAUUCAUCAGCAAUGUCCCAAAGUGACUAUUUUCUUAGUAAUUAAAAUGACGGGAGCGAUGGACUCACAGCCAUAGCCCACACAGAGCAGAAUAACAAACAAACAUGGCCGAAGGUGAAGAAGACGUUUCUGAGCAGCAUUUCCUUUAAGAUUGGGGUUUAGAUGAGUGCAGUCAGAUCUGCCUGACAUCAGACAGUGGAUCUGCUGCUGUUCGCUCUGUGCAAUAAGAGUUUUCAACAAAUGUUAAAGUUGUUUUCACAGUUUUCUCCAUAACUUACCACUUUAACUUGUGGUUCAGUUUAGUAACUGGUGUUCUCAAGACAAAAUGAGUCAAAAAUAUAGAUUAGAAUUAUAAUAUUUUUGAUUGGGACUUCUAUCCUUAUCGCCAGAAUGGCAAAUCUUAUCGUGAUAAACUUUUUAACCCAUAUCACCCAUCCCUAAUGCACACCUAGUUAUUCCUUUCCUUGUUUACAUAAUACUGAUAUCCUGAUGUUUGACCAUAUGAUAAUGUUUGCCCAGAACUUCUCAACUAAACCCGACUUGCUCCACCAUGCAUGUUGCCGUUGUGUCGUAUUCCUAAAGUCGGAAUAUGACAUCUAACCUUCACACGCACAGACAUAAAAACAGGAUAUCUAAUAAUCCCGACAGAAACUGGGACGUUAAAGUCACCUGUGCUUGUUUACAUCCAGGUAGUAGAGAAUCAGAAACCAUUAACCAGAGCUGAAGCCACAGCUCAUAUGGGGGAGAUGUAUCAUGAGGAUUUGACAGAGCUUGCACAUCUCUGAUAUUUAUCCACUCACUCUUCUGUUUUGUUUUCUCUGGGUUUCUGUCAGGAGCUGUGAUUUACAGCAGGAAUCGACAUGUUGGUACACGUCCGUCUGAGUUUCUGUUAUGCAAACUGACAUGUUAUUGAAAUCUCGUCUUUCUACUUUGUCAAAGACAGAGGUAGCAGAGAAGUGUUUUUGUACAUCUUUCGAGUGGUUCUGACAUUUUGAAAAGAAGGUUUACGUAGAAACACUGGCGGUAAUUAUUUUUAACAGUGCCUGUUUUGUGUCCUGUGGGUGUAUUGACUUUUACAAAUGCAGACUGGAGGCUGUAAAGCAAAGAAUCAAUCAGCUACACAAACACGCCGCUCUUAUCUGCUGCAGAAGCUCCUCACCUCCACAAACAAACUAACUAACAGCUCAGAGGGUCUUAAAGUCUUCCCUCUCUCUGUGAUUCGAGGCCGAGGACGCUCUCUGUAAAUCCUUUAUAUGUUUAGUUGCUCUGCCUUCGAGUGUCUCUUAAUUCAUUAAUUGCAUUAGGGAGAAGUUAAACAUUUCGUUGCGCCUCGGGCUUUUUUCUUGUUGUACAUUUCUUUCUGGCUGUUACAUCAUCCAGGAAAGCAGUGCUAUUAAGGACAGAGACAGGCGACAGUACUUCCCGGUGAUUGUUCUGACACCUCUGAGCUGCAGGGAGUUGAUAUUUUUUACCUGCAGCCAUGAGUUGAGAUUAGGCCUCCUACGUGUUGUUGUAGUGUGUGCGCAUGUGUGUUACUCUGGAGUGUGUUUGUGCGCUCUCUGCUAGAUAAGUGUGAAGAAACUAGGACACGAUGUCUGCAAAGGGGCCUGUUCUAAUUAUGGCCUCCGAACGCUCUGCCCCACUGCACCCUGCUCCUCCAUCAACCCAACAUCACCACCACCUUCUUCCCAAACACCCGCCGUCUCACACCAUCCUCAGGUGGUCUGCAGAAACACUGCACACACACACUCCUGACAGAGUUCACCGUCGAUGUAAUGACUUUUUCUGAACUUUUUAAAGCGUCGGCCUUUUCUCCACUUGGAACUUUCACCUCCUUGACACCGUGUCAGAGAUUUAACGUGAACAAGAUUUAAUGAGUCUUGGGAAAGUGAAACCUAAAAGCUAAAAGUGUUAAACUCUGACUCACAGUGCAAGCUAUUAAAAUUUAAAAAGAGGAGAAAAAAUACUCAUGAGAAGAAGUGUUGGAUUAAAGUUUUUGCACUUAUGCUCUGCUAAUGCGCAUCUAUUAAUCAUCACGACUAGAGUUGACCUCAAAACUACUCAAAUAUGAUCAUACAUAUACCUCUAGUCUUCGGUGAGGACGUUGCUCAAAUUGUCACCAUAUGCAUAUGAAUUAAUAAUAAAAGACUAAACUGAGCAAAUGACCCAAUUAUGUUGCAGGCACUCUAAAUUUGCAGAUCCAACAGCGCUUAAAAAUGUCAACCUGGAUUUGGGAUCUUGAUUUGAGUUCUGGUUUUCAUUAAAGCAGCACCUGACAGAUUUUGGUGUCUGCAGAGGAAACAGUCUGUACGGAGAGCAAAAGUAGGCAGAGCAUAAUCCACAAUAAUGUCAUCUAUGAUUUAUUCACCUCUGCAUGCAAAUAGUGGAGAGAUGGAAAUGCGUUUGAUGCCAACCAGAGUUCAGAUCCCCUGACGUCCUUGAAUGCAUCAGAAAUAACGGCUCUGACCUUCGUUAAACAAACAUUUACUUUACAACUUAAAACCUCUUUAUAACUUUGGAUCCAAACUACUUUACCACUUGAGUCUGCAGAUCGAACAAGUCAGUCAUUUUAAGCCUUUGUAAAACACCAAGUCUUGAACUCACUCACUUUGUAGCCUCACAGCCGUGUGCUCCUUCUGUCCCUCGGCUUUUCAGACACACUCAGAAACACCACAAAUCUCCUGCUCCUCUCCCUGCUCUCCUCUCUCCACCUGUGGAUCGUUUGUACUUCUGUUGCACAAUCAUUCAAAUCUUAGUUAAAGCUACAACUACCACAUACUCCCAAACUCUGUUACAUAUUGAUUUAGGCUGGUACAGAUGACGGUAAAGCAAACACUGUCAGAGGCUGUGUCCACAGAUAGGGAGGGUGCGCUCCAUUUAUUGUGUAGGACAGAGCAAGGGCAACACGGCAGGUGGCACAGUAAUCAAUCAGUCUCAGUUAGUGUAUUUUUAUGAUCAUGGGGGUGUAAUUGAAAUCAAAAUCCAAUUAAUCGCCUUUUUUGGCAUCUAGAUAGUGAGUUUAAUGCUCAGGUCAUCUUCAUGUCUUUAAAGAAACUGUGAUAUACUUCAUCCUUAAUCUCAGUGAGGCUUUUCUAGUUAAAGGAAAUCAAAUUAUAAAAGUGAACAGACCUUGUGGAGCAAUGGUAGGGCUGGGCGAUAUGGCUUGAAAUCAAUAUUACGAUAUAUUGAUCAGUUCACCUCGAUAACGAUAAAUGGACGAUAACUACUCCUCAAGCUGCUCACCCCCUCCCAAAUUAACUUCGUCUACUUCAGCCGCUGCUCCAGCAGCUACAACUUUUGAACCCCCCGUAGGACAGCGCCUUAAAGGGACAUAAGACCAUAGCCUACCUGCAGACAUUUGAAACCAACAUUUAUUAAUGUUUUUGACAUCGAAUACACCGACAUGGGCAAAAUGACAUCUCUUAUUGUCAUAAAUUUCGGUAUCGGUAUAUUUUCGGUCUAUCGCCCAGCCCUAAGUGCUGGUUUCACUGAAGACAAGUGUCAGUCCAACAGGUUCGCACCAGUGUCUUCACACCUCAUACCCCUCAACUAUGAAUGGUACCAUAAGCCGAGGUCAACUACUCUAUGAAUACACAGGAGGUUCGUGAUACUAUGAAUAUCUACACGUCUGCAUUUGAACGGCACAUUGCUGAACACAAUAGAAAUCAUCACUCUAACUGCUCAGUCAGAAGAGCCUCUCAAAACAGACCAUGUCUUAGUAACUGUGCACCUUGUCCUCCAGAUUUUAUGCUAGUACCUUCAAACUGUCGCUCACAAAGGCCACGCCCCCUAUUUUACAUAACUAUAAUUAUUAAAACUGUUAAAUAUUUUUAAGUUGUCAUGAAUAGAGAGAUACAUGGAGCUCUAUGAGGACUGACUCACUUUUGGGGGCAGCCUCUAGUGGACAUUUUAAGAACUGCAGUUUUUGGGACUCCAUUAUUCAUCCCUGGAGAUUGUGGCUGAUUUUCCCUGAUGUUAAAUGAGGACUUGAACACUCUUAUUUGAUGUUUUUCUAUUAUCAGUUUCAGACUCACACUUUUUAAUCGUUGCUGCUCCGUCAUUUUUUCCCUUUUUUCCUUUCAGGACGUCUGCGGCGAGACCGAGGCUGCAGACCUGACGGAGCGCUGCGAGCUGAUCAGCGACAGACUUAUGACCUUGGAAGACGAAUUGCAGACGGCUAUUCUGAACCAGGAUCAGGCCCUCACCCAUAUCCUUUCAGUGCUCUCUAAAUGAUCAUAAAUCAUACAAACAGUCCUGCUCUUUCUCUCUCUUUCUGUCUCUCUUCAUCCGUCUGGAGGACCUAGUUUUCCGUUGGCUUCUAGCUCUCAAAAAUUGCACAUCCAGACCGUCUCACAGCUGAAGGAUGUUGGCUCUCUGUUGCUUUACCUUUUGAGGAAUAAAAAACUCAACCUGUCUUAUCUGACAUUAUGGUUCCAUUCAGGCAGGGAAUUGGAGAUAAACAGGGAUCAGAGUUUUUUUUUUUUUCUGACAGGCGGGACGUGCCAGCUGGAAAAUGAAAUGGUAAAAGUCCACGCGAGGUUAUUAGAGGCUCCGUCAUGCCGGCUGCCAGUCAGAGCGGGCUGAGAUUAAAGUCCGACGGGGGCAGAUAGAGGAAUGUGGCUGUAAUGACUCUGCUCCUGUCAAAUCUUAAUGUCCAUACAGACGCUGACCCGCCCUUCCUCCUCCGCCUCCGCCUCCUCCUCCUCCGUCUGCCCACUUCCACUUGGAGGAAAUUACAAUAUCCAUGAUAAUGACUCAAAUGAAACUGUUGAGGCUGAUUACAGGUCACAAUACAUCAUUUUCCGCACUAAUUAGAAAGCUGAUUGGAAAUAGAUCAGUGUGUUUUUCUCGCUCCACUUUCUCGCUGCACACUGUGGACCGAUAGAAAAGGCAAUACUUCGGCUCGGAGAUGAGGAGAGUGUGCCUCCUAACCUGCUGGAUGUUUAUUUCUUUAUUUAGUGUCAGGAUUCAUUCGUCCUCUCUGAGCGCGCGGCUGCAGCUCCUAAUCUGAUGAAGAUGUUGAUUUAGUUUUAGUAUCUCUGAAUUAAAGUGAGCGUCCUUCACUCUGAAGUGCAGCCAGACCUUCCUCUCAUCUGAUCAGAGAUUCUCAUCCCCUCGCCGCGCAGUCAUAGGUCAGCCCGGCCCCUCAGCUGUGAGCUUGAUAUCAGUCUGUCGCUGAUACACUCAGAUCGGCUCCUCGCUCAUUAUUCAGCUCAGCUUUUGUGAAGUCAGUACACUCAUGAAAAAGUGCCGUGGACACUUGAGGACACUGAGGAGACAGCGGUAUUGUUGCUUCCCAGAAAUCUAUCCGAGAGACGAAGUGGGAUGAUGCUGCUGUUGCCAUAGUGAGGCGAGAUCAAACAUCUCGUCUCCGAGGGUUGUAAUUGAGUCCCUGCUCUUGAUGUAAGGAGAAAAAACAGAGAUGUACCAUCAAAUAAUGCUCGUGUUUGUCUGGUGUUUUUCCAGACUGCAGGACCAGAUCUGUCGAGGUGAUCUGGUCAAAUCUUAAAAACUGAUGCCCAAGAGUUUCAUUCCAGUAGGACUUGGCGAUUUGGCUAAUAAAAUGAUCACGGUAUAUUUUGUCAUAUCGUCUGAUCUUGAUUAUUAUCACAAUUUUUUUUUCUUAAUUUUUGCAAACUGCCAGUUUUAAAGCAUCUGUACUAAAAACUAAAGAAACUAGAGAUUAGUUCAACAUUUUUUCAACAUGCAAAGUAAAUAACAAAGAAAAUUGAAUAAGAUAAACAUGAAAAUAAUCUGAAAACCAUUUUAACUCAACAGUACAACAAAUGUAGUGAACUAGUUUACAGUCCUGAGUGUUUCUGCAGGUAUGCAAGACCCAAAAUAAACAAAUCGCCCCCUCAAAUAUAAACAUUAGUUGAUGUAAACAUAGAUGAUACGAUUGAUCGCUGCUUUGGUCUGUGGCUGCACCGCUAGUUGUGACUAAACUGCUAAUGCUACUCGUGCCGUCAGCAGUGAUAGGCUGUACAGACUCCACUCGAACGCUUUCCGCAUAAUCACUCCGGAAAUAAUGAUUAAAUAGAUUUGUUGUGUUGACAAUCGGCUUAAUUGCUUGACGUCACCACCACACAACCGACGUUGAAUAACUUUUUUUCUCAACAAUGGCAUCUCCGGAGGACGACUCAAAGUCACGGCUGGCAUCCAUUUCGCUGCCCUCAGCUCCACGUCCGGUCAUUCUGUUUACUUCUCCAACAACUUACAGAAGUGAGCAGGAAAAGCUAGACUCUGAUUGGCUGUUGUGACGCACAUUUCCGCCAUGUUUGAUUGAGUAAUUAUGCUCACAGCUGAUCACCGUGAUCAAACUGAAAUUUAUCACCAUCAUAUAAUCGCCCAGUCCUACAUUCCAGUUCACUCCAAGCAUCAUUUCAGCCUCUUCAGAUUGUUGUCAUUUGUUCUGGGUUUAAACCUCCUCUAAUCUCGUGUCGUCUGAGGUCAACAGUAAAGAUCUGCAACCGAUUUCUGAACCUCAUUGUCCCAUUUGGACUGCGUCGCCUUUCGAAUUGUCAUCGAACCUCCUGCAGUAUUCAUGGAAAAGCUCUUUAACAGCCGCUUAAUUAUGAAUGAGGACAAUCUGUGUCCAUUCAGACAGUAAAACGAGCCAUCAGGUCCCAUCUGCCGUCAGAGCCGUCCCUUUGAUUUCCCAUUUAAGCCGGACACUCACACGAUUAAUUUGAGUUUCUAAGCAGGUUAAACAAUCCCCCCACUGCUGACAGCCUCCAUCCCCAUUCAUCGACUCUUUAUGAAUAAUUUAGCGGGCCGGUCUGCUUGCUUUGGUCCCCCUCAGCCCCUCAGCCUGGAUGAGCUCAUGAAUAGGGAAUCGGAUGGGGUUAAAUUGGGUAUGACUUGAUCUGUCCCAGUAAUCCAUUUGGUGGCCAAAUUGGGGGAUUGAUGACUUCAUCAGGCGAAAGCUGCCCUUUGCUAUUUCCAUCAAAUAUCCCGGUCCACAAGUGUCGGCUCUGCCCUGAUAUUUGUCUGCAGGCAUCUCUUUAUUUUCAUGUUUGUCUGCAGCAUCAGAUCCUUCCUUAACUCGCUCUGCACAGUCUCUAGAGAAGGAGGUCCAGGAAGUCAAAGCCACUUUACAAACCAUGCUGGCACAGCUCAGAGAGGAGGAGGAGGAGGAGGACGAGGACGACGACGGCGAAGAGGACGAAGGUGAAGAGUUACAAGAUGACGACCUCAUGAAAAAUGGGACUGAAGAGGAAGAAGAACGAGAGGAAGAAGAGGAGGAAGAGGAGGAGGAUCAGUACUUCAGUGACAGCUGGGGCAUUUGAAAUGGACGUUUCUGAGUGACCUCGGCUCUGUGGCAGGACUGACCUCAGAUCCAUUAAUGUGGAGACUCACAACAAACCUCUGAGGGUCUGCUUGAAGUUCCAGCCUCAGAGACAAACAUUUACCCCUCGACAGAAGGAAAAACAGGAAGAAUUUUAUAUAAACUUUAAGACACUUUAAUGCAAACUGCAGAAAUCUUGCCAGCUCAUGUUGAAACAGGUAGAAAGUGCCUCUAAAUUUGGAGCUUUUACCCUUCACCACCUCCCUACACACUUCCAGAGUAGCGUCCAUUUUAAGUUUGUAGGAGUUUGAAUGUCUAUAAACUGAUGUGAAUAGAAACAGGAUAACAAGACCACUUUUUCUGGUUAAAGUCAUGCACAUAAUUAAAACACACGCUUCAUUUAACCACUUUUUUAAAAUUCCUGAAUGACUGAACUUCGACUUUGUGUCAUUGUGUUUGUGAGAAAAGUCGUGUGUGGUGCUAAAGAAUGUGAGCUAACUUGAACACUUUAUUUUCUUUGUGUGGAAAAAUGCAAUAUACUGAUAGUUCUCCUCUUUCUUAAGCAGAGUGUUUUUAAAAAUGUGUUUCAUUAAUUGUGUUUUAUGCAUGUCGGAAAUAUUGAAGGAUAAAAUAUCAGCGGACAAAAGAAGGAAACUGUUCAUAAUGUACGGUGGCCCUAAAGGUCAACUGCACAAACAUUUUGUGAUUACAAAAAGAUUUUGAUGAAGGAAAGGUGCAUUUCAGUAAAUGCAAAAAUAUGUCAUAAAAGCAUAAAAAAAAUAAUAAAAAGAAAAAUUUAAUCACAAAGUUGAUAAAACAUUUCAGUUUUUUAAACAAAACAUGACAUUUUUUUCAGAAACAUUUUUUCUAUGAAGUAAAAAAGUUUGAAUGCGUUUUUUUAAAGAUUUUUUAAAAAUCAAAACUAUCUUAGAGAGCAUAAAAUCAUUAAUUUUAGAUGAAAAAAAUGACCAAAUGAUGCAAAAAAUUCACAAAAAGUAGAACAUAAAACUAUGUCAUGAAAUAAAGAAAAACUUUUCACAAGAAAGUGCAUGCAAAAUUAAGAAGAAAACAUUUUAUAGUGUUUUUUUUUUAUCUAAAUAAAGCUGUAAACACUACAACACAAAAAAUGUACGAAGUGAAAAAAUUUGAAAACAUAAAAUAUUUUUCUAUGUUUAAUUAAAGUUUAAAAAUAAAAAUUAACUUAUUUUAAAUAAAUUGAAAGAUAUCUUAAAAAUUACAUUUUUUUCUUUUGCAUUUUUGGAAAUUUUUUCUUUUUUUUGGAGAGACAGUUUUAAGUUUUUUGUUGAAUAUUUUUUCAUCUGUUACACAUUCAUCAAAAUGUUUUCUGCGGUUCUAAAAUGUUUUUGCAGUGGACCUUCAAGGCCACCGUAGUAACUGCUGUUUGUUUCUCCCUCGAGUUAAUUUAUCUGCCUCUGAUUUUGUGUGUUUGGAUUUUAUUUCAUUCCAUGUUUAGUCUUUUGUUGAUUCCACGGAUGUCACUCGAGACGUUUUUGUACUUUUACACAUUAAUCUGUUUUUGCAUUAACUGUGCAGCUGCCCGAACCGCCUGCAUCAUAUUUUAUAUUUAUUCCUUCCAGCAGCUCACUAAUUACAGCAUGUACCAUUAAACCUGACGCUGCGUCCUGCUGUUUUCUUUCCCCGCCGACUUCCUGCCCCUCUGGCGAGUUGAGCUGUACGGGCAUGCUGCCAGGCGAGUGAGGGCAGCGCCGACAUGUCAGAGAUAUCAAUACGGUAAUAAAGGUCCUCUAGUGAGCUCUUUAGGG